CGCCCGUUAUCAAUAUGGCGAAUGAAAUAUAUUGGAUGCCACUUUCAAAAUAAACAGUGGCUGGUAUUGUAACAGUCGAAUAUACCACCGAUGCUUGGCGGCUUUUCAAGUUCACAAUUCGAUCAGUCCCGUAACUCGAUAUGCGAAAGCUGUCAAGAAAGUCAAGAGGUUUGCUUAACGACAGAACGUUUAUGUAAUCUGAAAACUCUGUGGGGACGAUUCAGACUUCGGCGGGAGAAACGAGUUUCUGUCGGGCAAAUCACAACCCUGGUACUCGAAAAAGGUAAUUUUUCAUGCCCAAUCAAUGCAUUUUGUUAUUUCAUUGAGCUAUAUUUACUCCAUUCGAUUUAUUUUAUUCGUUUUUGGUUCUAGAACGCUCGUUCCUUUUGAACAAUUUUACAAGGAACGUUUGUAAACAAUUGUAAGCCAUUUCAACCCUUUGUGCUUAUAUUACAGAAGUAAACUUAAGCGUAAUAUAAAUUUAACAGCCGUUCCCUGAAGCGAAGAAACCAUUUCAAUAUCAGAAGACAGAAACAAAACAAAAAACCUAAGCAAGUGUACGCGAAGGCAUGUGUAAUAUAUUUUUAGCCACGCUCUAGACUGAACUAUCUUGUCCCCUUAAUUCACUCCGAGAUGUUUUCAAAAGGAUAAACCGAGGAUUACGAUUCCAAAAGACUUUAGGAUUAUAUCUUCUUAUCACGGUGGACUUUAUGAAUUUAACUCUAAAUUGGCUUUAAAAUAUAAUGAUUUAAAGUUCUAAUUCAGUUUGUCCAGGUCCUCAAAGUAAGCAUUUAGCUCAACAUCAAAACUACUAAAGUUUGUGCGGUAGCCUACGUUUGUGCAUGUAUUAUUGAAGCCGUGUCCUAUUAAGUUCUGUAAUUACAUUAAGCUUCUUAUUUUUUGCAGCACACCCCGAUUAGUUCAAGUGAAGCUUUUCCAUUUUAUUUUCAAAGAUUUAUUAGUUAGGUUAGCAUUUGUUUCUUGCACGUGAUGAUGAACAGACUCUUGAAUGUAAUCGAGCGCAAGAUGUCGUGACCUUCGUCUUUAUUUUGCUUUUCCAUAUAGUCAACAUGACAAAGGACUGUUCUAUUUUUUCAGUAAACGUCUUGACAACUUAACCUUUAGUUUGAAAAGUUGCAUUAUUGACGGUCUCAAAAGUAUUCAUGAGUAGUCACUUCCAAAAACUCAGGGUCAUCCCCGGUGAAAUGUAAUUUAUUCGUUCUCCUUGUUUUAUGGACUAUGGGUUAGGUUUGGUGUUUUCUUUGUUUUUCGUCAGCUGUAAGUAAUAAAUCAUAUUACACAGAGAUGAGCCAAAAGUCGUGCUAUUAUGUAUUAUAUUCUAGCUAUUUUUAUGCAACAGUUUUUUUAAUGAAGAAAGCAUUUUUACUGAUUAUGUGGAACAAUAAGACUUAUCGAAUGAAGCUGAGGAUGAUAUGAAGAAUUAUGCAGGUCAAGGAGGGUAUUAUCAUCCAAGGUGAAAAAAACCUCCAAGAUCUGCAUUUAAACUCUUUAUAACAUAUAAAAGCCAAUUCAAUAGUUCAUUGUUUUAUUAUUGAUUCAAAAUAUUUCCAAAUCCUAAUGUCCUCACCUCCCCACUUACUUCUUCGAAGCAUUUUUCUGGUACUCAAUUCCCUCACUAUCACUUUUAUCUUAAUGACUAAAAAGGGCUAGACCUAUAAUCUACUGUGAAAGCUCAGGAUUGAGAUGACUUCAUAUUUUAAAAGCAGACACCUUGUAUCAAGUGAACAUAAGUAUAAGUGAAAUGUUUUCCCUUAUUUUCUGUAAAACAGAGGGGAUAGAGGGACGAUCCAGGAUUUUUCUUAUGAGGGGGUUCACCACUAAUGAAUGGCGUAACUAACUGGUGACACUACGUGCCCAAAAAACAUUUUUAUGGUUUUUAACAUAAAUUCUUCAGCCUUGUCUCAUAUGAUCAUGUUUUAUUUCAACACCAAUGAACCACGUACCGUAGUUUGUUGCAAGUUGUAUUAGAACGCCGCAGGUCAUCUCAGGGGGGGGGGGGGGGGAAAGUCCCCCCGUAAACCCCCCCCCAGCCCAAAACCCCUUUAAAAUAUACUUGUUUUUGGUGUCAAAAAAGUUUUUUUUUUCUUUAGUUUUUAAAAAAUUUUUACCCUGAAAAAAAGGCCAAAAUUUUUUAAAAAUUUUUUUUGUUUUUUUUAAAUAAAUUGUUCGCGUUUUUUCUCAUUGUCUUUUUUUUUUUUAACCACCAAGGACCCCCCUCCCUUUUUUUUUGGCGAGUUUUAUUAAACCGCCGUGGGUCAUCUCGGGGGGGGGGGGGGGAUAAGUACCUCCUGUAACCUCCCCCCAGACCCAACUACCAUUAAAAUAUACCUGUUUUUGGUAGCUAAAAAGUGUAUUUUGCUUAUAGUCAUUAAAAAUAUUGUAGCCUGAGAAAACAGCCAACAUUUUUCAACACCAACACUGGGUCAUGUGAGAAAUUUUCUUCAGCUAAUGAGAAGCUCUUACAUGUAAUCCAGAUCUGUGUAGUGACACGUCAUCGGUGUGGAAUUGUUGUGAUCAUUCCUCAGACAUCAUUUGACCAGGAAACCAGUGGUGGCAUCACGAAAUGUCAGCUGUUUUUCUCAGACUUAAAAUGUAUUGGUCUUUAUUAUCUCCGCAGCUUCUUACAGGCUCUGUAAAAAUGCAGUGGGAGACUGCAAGAAGUGAAUCAUUCACAAGACGAGAAGUGCGUCAAGUUCGUACGAUAAGUGAAGAAAUGCGUCACACAAGGACUGAGCGGCAUUACUCAGAUAGCUCUAAUGAUCCGGGCGCAUAUGUCAAUGGGUCAAUCACAAAUGGCACAGACUCAACACAAGAGAGAUCUUAUAGUAAACGAACAAUUUAUAUGGUAAAUGGAGACUCGGGUUCUGAUAACAUGGAUGACAGAUUUCCAUAUAAAAAGCGGGAUUCUGAUUCUGGUGAAACAGGUUCCUUGCAACGUACAUACAGCACUGGCAGUACAGGAAGAAGAUCAAGUGGUGCGUCAGUUAGUUCAACAGGCAGUGGAACAAAGAUUUCCAGUUUAACAAUGCCAAUACGAUCCUCAUCCUUUUCAACUGGAAGUAAAGUUUCUAACAGAGGUGAAAGUCCAGGUAAAUAAGGCCCCUUACAAACAGUUGUUGUAGAGUCAAGCCCAUGGAUUAUAUUGAUAGCCCGUUGAAGAAGAGCCAGAUUCUCUCAAUUUUGCCACUCCCAGUGUUAUAUUUGCCACCUACCAAUACUGAGGUUUAUUAAGAUUUAAACUCAACAAAGAUGUCUGUUGGGGGUGGUGCUGGAGAGACUGGUGGAGCUAAGAACUGCACUUGACUGCAAUAAUGCAUAACUGUGACAAAAUUUCAUUUAGCCCAUUAAUUAACAACCAGACAAGAUAAGCCUUUUUUCAUGUUUUAAAAACCUGUUCAAAGAGUACAAGCUUUAUUGUUUUGCAGUUCUGGCAAGUAGUUCUUCCACAACAGCGUCUGCUCCACCAAAACCAUCAACUCUUCCUCGCACAUCAUCAUUAGUGAGGCAACGGGCACCAUCAGAUGGACCAAGAUCAGACAUCCCUGAUGGGAAUGGUAUGCACAUUAAUAACAAUGACAAGUUAUAAAUAGUAAUACUUUAUUUUUUCUAUUAACAUAGUGCUAUUUACAAGUAUAGAUCAAUUUGGCACAUUAUAGACUCAUACGUCAUACAUGUCUAACUACAGGGUGCGCCAAAACCUAUGUCCGAUUGUCCGAGACAGGUAGAAAUACAGUUCGGACAAGUAAACCUUUGACAUAACUUGUCUGUGGGACAAGCACAUUUUUAAUUAGAAAAAAUGCAGAAACAGAUGAAAGUUGACUUCAAAUUACAGUAGAAUUAAAAUUUAUCUUAUAGUCAUAAAAGCGAACCUCAUGCUUGUCAAAAGAAGGUUAAAUAUUCCUUUAAAACUUCUCCAUUCCACAGCCAUUUCAAUCAUUUCUUUUUUGACGAGCUCCAUUUGGCUUAGAAACCUGGUCUUAGUAACCAGGCCUGUUAACUUACCUGCAAAAAGGCUGAUUAUGUAAUAAUAAGCAGUAAAAUAUAUGCCCGAUUGUUUUUGAGUUUUGAGCAAAACUUUUUGGACAAGAACCCUUGGGUUUCGGACAACCAAAUUUAAUAUAGUGCUUGUCUGAAGGACAAGUGGAUAAGAAAAUUUUUGGCGCACCCUGUUAACUAUUGACCUUAGAAUCACAAUCUAGCCCACAACACGGAUGUACUCCCCACCAUUGCUUCUUUGUGCUGACAGUAAUUCUUAGGUAGUGAAACUUACAGAGAAGGAAUACAUCUGUGUGUUUUGAAGUUAAUGUUACCCUAAUGAUACUCUUAAUCUCCAAGCAUUGUGUUGUUAAUACAAUGAACACAAACAUCUGUACCUUUUUGAAAAUUUUCUUCAUUGCUAUUUUUUGUCAACUUGUGGUAAGGGGCACCGAUGUUGUAAAUACUUUUCCUGACGUUGAUUGAAGUGAGGGUUUUGGAUUUUGGAAAAGACCUAUUGAAUAAAUUGUAGUGUAAAUUAAUGUUCUUGAUACAUGUACUCAGAUCAGUAAUUAAGAUUCUUGUCAUCUAUAUUUAUUAUGCUUUUUCAGUGACAUACAACAUUAAAAUGAAACUUGGUGAGGUGAAGGGAAAAGGAACAGAUGGAAAUGUCUACAUUCAAUUGUUUGGAUCUAAAGGAAACACUGCAAAAAUACAAUUAAGACAAGCAGGAGAUAAUAAAAAUUUGUUUGAAAGCAGUCAAGAAUACAAGUUUAUGGUGGCCACGAGUGAUGUUGGAAAGGUAUUUUCGGAAUUAUUACAGGACUGUAUACUAUAAUGUUCACUACAGUUGAUAAAAAAUAUAUUAUACAUGCUCUUACAAAGACAAAGAUAUAAGCCUGGUGAUUUAGGUUGGGCUUCCUCACCAUUAGCUUUUUAAUUCUUAGAACGUCUUGUUUUGUAUAUGGUUAUGGUGGCAAACCAAUAGACUGAAAUUGCAAUACAUCUGAUAAAAUAAUUUUUUCAUUAAAAUUUAAAUCAAGGUGGAGAGAAUCAAGCUCAGCCAUGACCACAUGGAGUAUGGGACAGGAUUUCAUGUAAAAGAAGUUGAAAUUGAUGUUCCAUCAAAUGGCAGCCAUUACAUAUUUCCUUGCAACUGCUGGCUAGCUCAGGAUGUGUCUUCUGAAAUGACAGUGAAAGAUUUAAAUGCAUCAACGUCUAAGCCAAGUAAGAUCAUUUUUCUGAUUAUUUUUCUGGUGUGUAAAAAUAGGAGGAAGGAAAAGUCUGUCUUUGAUUUAGUGGGCAAGUUGUGUGAGUUAUAGCUUAUUUUCUUUUCUGUCAUUUCCAAACCAUAAUUUUGUUCUCUCUAAGCUGUAGAAUUUAUUUGUAUAUAACUAUAUAUUUUUAAAUCAGUGGAAUUAUUUCAAGUUUUGCCAGUGUUUCUGCAUCACUUAUUCCAGAUUGCUUUAGCCUGUAAGUAGAAAUCAACCUUUAAAAAAAUUCUCAAAAUUUCAAUUUUCAUCUUACAUUUUUAAAAUUAACUUUUAUUUUAGACAAGGGGUACACUGUUUCUGUUCAUCUGGGCAAGGUCCUGGAUCCACACAUCAAGCUAUAUCUUCAACUGUGUGGAGAAAAUGAAGAAAGCACCAAGAUAGUUCUCCGCCCCACUGGUACCGGCACAGAUUCAUUUCAAGAGGGAAAGACAUACAAAUUUUCUGUAGAGAUGCCAGACAUAGGAAAGGUAAUCUUAAGUGAGUCCCUGUUAGGAUAUAAUUCCAACAAGUGACAUGGCCUUGAAAUAGCAGAAUGAGAUCAAUGAAUUGGCAACAAAUGACUGAAGUAUGCUGUUGAAACUGUGACAGCUACGAAGACAAAAACAAAUAAAAUAGCAAAAUACUGACAGAAGCUACUUCCUCCCAUUGUCAAUACAAAAAACAACAAGUUUUCACAAAUAGCGUUGCAGCAGAUAUAAUGAAUUAACAAAAACUUAUAUGGUUCAGGUUGGUAAAACUUUAAUAAUUAUGGCAAUGCUGUACAGCUGUACAAUUUUUCUAAAUUAUGAUGCCAAGAAUUAUGGUUGUGGCCAUUUAUUUAUAUGCCCAUUAUCUAGUUAAAAGUCAGAGUUUUAAGGAUAAAAUUAAUUUUUUGUGACUGUCAGGUGGAAAGAAUUCGAGUUGGUCAUGAUAGCCAUGGAAAAGGCAAAGGAAUUUUCCUGGAUGAGAUUGAAGUUAUCCCAGAUGAUGAGGAGCCUAUGUUUUUCCCAUGCUCUUGUUGGUUGGCUAAAGACUUCAGUGAUGGAAAAAUUGAAAGAGAAAUUUAUCCUAGCACAGGAUCCCCACACUCAUCAGGUAACUAUUUUAGUUAAAGCUGCACUCAAUACAGUCAAACCCCUGAUUUCGGACACCUGCUCUACACAGUCACCCCAUUAUUAGGGACAGUUUGUCUUGUCUCUAAGGAAUAAAAACCCUUACAUUUUCUCUAAAUUUACCCCGAUCACUAAAAACAAGGAGGUCUUUGAAAUCCUUUAAGGCUGAAUUAUGCCAAAAAGUUUUAAAUUCUCAGAAGUCAAAGGGAUCAUUGACCUAAAUUAAUGACAAUAGAUGGAUAUUGGAUGGUCUUCAUUUUUAAUAGUUUUUAUUUUUAUUUUUAUCGAAUUCUAGGAAUUUUUUAUUGUAAAUAAUAAUUUAUUGCUAAAGUAGUUUUUAUAAAUUGCAUUUUUAUAUUUUUAGAGGGCCACAAGUUGAUCAGUAAUGUUUAGUUACUGUUACGUGUCACCCUCAUAAAAUAGAGCGGUUUUCAUUUGAGUGUCGAAAAGUAAUUGGUUUUGCACUUUCUACACGAUGCGAUUGGCUUAAAAGAUUCGCGCCACCUUUUCAUCCAAUCAGAAGUAAAACCAAAGCCAAUUGUGACUUUUGCGUCAGCCACAUGUAAUUACUUCGAGUUUUGAUUGGUUCAAUGUAUUGUCUGUGUCCUAUGUGAUUGGCCAGAGUAAUUACUUUGGUUUUGGUUUUACGACACUCAAACGAAAACCACUCUAAAGUCUCUUACUUACUUACUUACUUACUUACCCCACUUAAUCCAGGCUCCAGUUGAUAUAGACACUAUCUAUGGCCCUCUCAGUUUCUGUAUUAACAUGGUUUGAAUGUAAAUGAAGGAUACUUGCACAGGAUCCACACAUACCGGUACUUCAUGUACUUGAUUCUACAUAUAAGUGGAGCCUUGCCCCCCCUUGCAGAACUUGAAACCACUUAAACCCAAAUCUUUAGCUCCAGUGUCUGGCUUCAAGGCUGUCCAGGAGUUCAGAGCUCUGAACCUGUGAAAUUCAGGGUUCCCAGCAUAGGAUUUCUAUGAGAAAGCUAAGGGGCGCUUUCCAUUCAACACAAAUUCCAGUUUGGAAUUUUGGAAAUUUCGUGUGCUAAAUGAAAUGGUACAUUUAGGUUGCACAGACUAGACCCAAGCCACUGUGCAUUUGGUUAUUGUUCUUCCCACGAUUCAAAAGAGCGGUAGUGGGGAUGACAAUUUUGUCAAAUGGAAAGGGACAUUAAUGACCAGACCGGUCAAAGAGGACCACCCUCAAAGCUGGUCCAGAAGAUUCUGGUCAGACCAAACCGAAAUGGUCUUAGAUCCCUGGUUAGUGAAGUUAGGCAAGUAAUGUAAUGUUAGCCGUUGUUUGCUAAUUGUUUUCUGCAAAUUUAUUUUCUCAUGUAGACUCAGAUAUUACCCACACUGUGUCGUUAAGUCUUGGUGAAGUGUUAAACCCCGAAGCAACACUAUACAUCUAUCUGAUUGGACGUAAAGGAGAGACAAGCAAGGUGUUCCUGAGACCUGAGGAACCACUGGAAAGAGAGAAAACAUUUAAGUUCACAUUGGCUCUGACUGUUGACAUAGGAAGGGUGAGAUAAGCACAAUUCAUCAUAUGUGUACAAUGUCAAGGAAAUUAACUGUAAAUCUUAAGGUUGUUCAGAGGCCUAUUCCACUGCCAUUGUUAGCUCAAUAUAGAGCAGAAGUGUGAUGUCAUGUUACUAUGGUAGCAAAAUUUCUGGAUCACAACAAUAGGGAGUUUUUGCAACAGUGACGGCAAACAGUAAAAAACCAAUAGGUUUAGAUUGGCAAAAGAAAAACUUUGCACGUGCAUCACGCUUUUUUGUACAUUUCUUAGCUUUUGUUGCACGACCACGACAUGAAACUUCCUAAUUUCAUGCUACCUCUUUAUGGAGUAGGUGAGCCCAACGCAAAAAUUUUGUUUUUCCUUUUUCUAAACUUACAUACUUUCCUUUCGGAUUUAACCCAGAAAAUUUUGCCAAUAUGUGACAAGGAUAUUAAAUAAGAUCGAUGAAGUUUGAAACAUUGCAAAUACACUUUUUAAGUGACGUUUUGGUUUGUUGUCAUUCAAAACUUUUGCUACCAUGGCAACAUGACGUAACGACUUCUCUCUAUUGGGUACCAGACUGUAGAGGGGUAGGUAGGAUUCAAUUCCUGACCAGACCAACACUCAUGGUCUUAAAAUUACUGAGGAGAAAUAGUUGCCUUUGCUUUGACACCUCCAAAUGGUUAGAUGGCGUUCUAGUUUUCUUAGAUUAGGAUGAAAAAACUGUAAGCGUCACCUCGCAACACUUUCACCAACCGGUAAUCUGAAUCUGUGGGAUGUAACAGAGCUAUUAAAGCGGUAACAAAUCUCUGACGUUGACCACCCCUACUAAAAUUUAAAAUUUUUUAUGUUAUGUUCUUUUUCUGGUAGAUCGAAAAAAUCCGUCUGGGACAGGACAGCCGGGGUUAUGGAAAAGGCUUGUUUGUGGACAAUGUCAGAAUAGCUCCAACAGAUAGUGACCCCAUAAAUUUCCCAUGUGCCUGUUGGCUAGCAGAGGACGUCUGGGACAGCAAGACAGAGAGAGAAUUACUGCCUGGAAAAGCUGUCAAAAGACCGGAAAGUAUGUGUUUUGGACAAACAUGUACCUGUUUCAUUUCAUGGCACUGCCUUGCUGAAUCGCGAAAUUUGUGCAGCUUUCUGCAGUACGUUUGGGGCCACGGUCCUUGUACCGCUUCAGUAGUACUGUGCCAAACGUUUUAAUGCUAAAAAAUGGAAUUCAAAAACGAAGCACAACUUGUGCCGCUCAAAGACAUCUUCCUAGGCAUAUCAAAAUGAGAGCGAUUUCGGUAAUCAGACCUGAGAUAACGGCAAAAAAAAGUUUAAAAUUAUGGUAAACUCCAACGAAAAUCGUGUCUCACUAUCCACUGGUACUUCUAUUUAAAAGUCCUUCGUUCUUCAGCGUUUUUCGAAAACCUUAAGCCUAGUGCAGGAGCAGGUGAAUAAAAUAUACGUUGAGCACAUAGAAUUGUUGUACCAACAAAGAACAUUGUUGCAGUGAACUCGAAUAUAUGGCAGUAAUCAAACUACCUGCGAAUCCAGCGCCUACCAUGUACAAUUCUUAUCUAAGACGCAUUUUGUGUUGUGGGACAAAAGUUGUGCCUUAGCAGGAUUUAUGUGAUUUCAAGGAAGUAAAAUUUUUUGCAACUUUGAGAAUUAAUAUCUGAAUACAGGGAUAUAUGUUUAUGAUUGGCAUUGUAACAGUUCAAAAAGUAUUGUUAUAUAAUAAUUUUUCAACAUUGUAUAAAACGGCCUCUUAAGCUGUACAAGGUUUAGCUUUCACUGUGUUUUUGUGGAAGGUGCUGUUGUUGUCACUAGUGAAAAGUAUUUUUCCUCGUAUUGUUGUAACACCGAUACCAUGAAUAAAUCUAAUCUCUAACCUUAUUUUUUUGCAGAUGUUGCGUAUAGCUUAACAUUCAAAACUGGAGAUAUGCCGUACGCUGGAACUGAUGCUAAUGUUACGCUACAGUUGUUUGGAGACAAAGGUCAAACUGAAAAGAUUAUGUUGCGGCAAGAAUCUGGCAAAACCCUGAAAAGAUUUGACCGUGGGCGUACUGAUAGAUUUACUGUACAAACUAUGGAUGUGGGCAAAGUGAGUGAAUCAGUAAACAUGUAUAUCCCUUUUGUCAGAGUAUGUGGAGAUCCAAUCAAAAACAGGUUUAUUGAAUAGUCAAGGUGAUUAGUUUGUUUAAAAGGCCAAUUAUUUAACAAGUUAAACAAAAUUAACUUGUAGAAAAUGUGCAAAUAGAGAUAAGAACAUAUUUUACUGACAUGUAUUUGCAUGUACCCAUAAUUUCAAGGUAUUAUCCCUGAUAAUGAUAACGUGAAGUAAUUGAUGAAAAUGAAGAUCUACGUAGUAUUGCAUUUCUACCAGAACACAGCAAGUUUGUAUAUCAGUUCAAGUAAUGAAUAACUGAAUUUGAAAAAAUGUGUGUGGUCAUAACGUUAAUUAAAUAUUUUGAACGUGGUCGUGAUUAUCUCACCGGUACAACAACAAAACUCUAUUAUUAUAGCCAUUCCAGCAAAAAAACAACAAGAACAACAAAGAAAUUUUCGUGUCGUGAAAUAAACAAUGAAAAGGUUAUUUUCUUUCAAAAAUAAUUGACCUAUGGGGGAUAAGAAAGACAAGGAAGCCCAAUUACCUUGAAUCAUUUACAAUAAUUAUAGUAGGCACGGACGACUCGCAUACCUCUUUACUCUCCAACUGCUGACCAGAGAAUUUGACCUGGGAUACUCACUCUACGUAUACAUUUAUAUAUAAUAUUUUUGCCUUUACUAAAGUGCAACCAUACUCGGGUCCUGCACCGUAUACACCGAGUGUACCCGCCUGUUUCUGUGAUAAGCCAAACGUAUCUUAAGUCAACACCUUUGUUAUUAUUGAUCCUGUUAGGUCGAGAGAAUUCGUCUGAGCCAUGACAACAGUGGUCCAAAUCCCGAGUGGUAUCUAGAGUCCUUAAAAAUAGAGAUCCCUUCCCGCGAUGAGAAGUAUUUUUUCCCGUGUAACCGCUGGCUUACUGGGGAUGAAGAGAGGCGAGUGGAAGUGGAAGUUUAUCCUGGUAAGACAGUAUAUUCUACUGCCUAAAAUGGACGGACAAUAUUAAGACCUAGUAUUCACGAGAAAUGAUAUUAUAUGAAGAAGUCCGAAAAUUAUAGAAAACGAUGACAUGGAAGUCUACCUAUAAACUGUAAAAAGAAAGAAAGGGGAAAAAAAAAAAGCCAAAAGCGCGAAACGCAAUGUUAAUUUAGCCGGCCGCAGUCUUAAACAUCCGAGAAAGGUCAAUCCAACCAUUUCCAACUCUAGUUGGCAAGAACUAAGCGGCGAACCGUUAAUAAAGUUAUGGCCGGGGUGGGGAAUUUUUGAGGUGCAAAGAUAUUUUCGUUAACAUUCUCCUCAUGUCUUCAGUUAACGUUCCCUUACAUUAAUAUUUUCUUGCACUUCGCCAGUACCCUCCCCAUAACUUUUCAAAUGGUCCAUGCCUUAGGGAUGUUCCUGUCACUAUUUAAUAACUGUGCCAUUUUACAUCCGACCGGCCCCACGACUGGAAAGUGAUGUGGCAACCGGAACACCACACCAUUUCUCAUUUUUAGAAAAAUCGUAAACCGAAUCGCUGAGGGCGCUAUGAAGACCGAUAAACCGCAGAUUUUAAAAAGGAGAACAAAUCGAAAAACCCUUCUUUAUAAAUCUGACCAGUGCGCAAUACUGAAACCCCCAAUAUUCCAGUUCAAGAAGGCCAACUGCUCCCCAAGAGACCUUUUAUGAAGCGAUUUAUUUCAUUCAUUGCCAUUUUUGCUUGGAAACUGAAGCUUCAUUGAUUUUUCUAAAUGACAUUAAACAAACACGUGAUAAUUAGUACAGCACCAAGCUAAGCUUGAUUAUGGUAAGUUUGUGUUCAAAUGUUAACUCUUGUUUGUUUUGUGACGAUUAGUUGACCAGGAUGUGGUCCAAGAAGACAAUGUCACCUUUGUAGAGCAGACUUUAGAUUCAGCUGGUAAGUGUUAGAUUUAAUCACUGCUGGCUGUGUUAGGAACACUUACACGCUGGUUAAUCCACUUUGAAAACAACAGGACAGUUUCGAAUUUAUUCAUACUUGGCUCCCUCAAGCCUGAGGUUAUGUUCACACUAUCAGCUGUCCGGUAUGGUAUGAACAGCAACGGUACAGACUGGAAGUCGUUCACACACGUCGAACAUCAUGCCGGUCGUGUUGGCCGAGAGGAUUUGGUAAACUAAAUCCCAGUCCUCACUCCUCAAUAUUUACCUCCAUCUUAGUGGAUUCCAGUCCUCGCUCCUACUUAUUCACCUCUAUGGUACAAAUACAAGUUUAAACUGCACCAAAGUGUUGCACAGAACCUCUCCGAUAUGUGACUCUCCACUUUAGAGAUCGGCGCAGCGCAGCUUCGCCCCGAUACAGAAAUCGCGCCGAAAUCACCGUUCUUAUGUGUGGACAGAAGCCCUAUAGAGUGUUUUCACUCACGUGGCCAGCAUCUAUGCAAAUUUAUUGGAACAAAAGAAAGCGUUUGCAUAAGAAAAGAGUUCAACUCCAACAGGACUGGUUUGGCACACCAACAUGGCCGCCGUUUCAUUGUUUUGGGACACCAAUAUGGCCGCGGUAACGUCAUGUGAAAACACUCUAUAUCCGGUAUGGUUUUCGUGCCGGCGAUAAAGCUAUCCGGCUCGGUAUUGUGUGAACGGGAGAGCUUAAGGGGAAUAAAACAAAAGAGAUCGCAUUGAGCUUCACGGAUUAAUCAUUCGUUUCUCUUGCUUUAUUACACUCAGCCAAGGAGCUAAGUAUGAAUUUUUUUGAUAAUUUGAAACUGACCUGUUAAGACGAUAUCUUCUUUUAAAGUUGUUGGUGUACAUUUUACCAAGCAAAUCAGCGUGACGUUUUGCUCAUAUCUUCAUUUGUUACAUUUUAGCGCCUCCAGAGCCAGAGCCUGAGCCUGAACCAGAAAUGGCUGAAUAUCAAGGUAUUCAUUAGUCGUUGUGCUAUGCAAGUGAUAUAGACCUUCCCUUACACACACACUUUGCAUACACAGACCUUGACAUAAGUAUCAAUGAACCCUAAUACUGAAGGCGGUCGUUGAACGUACAGACACAAGUGGCCUAAGUCAAAAUUCAGCGAAAUAUUUACUAGAACCAAGUGAGAGUACUACACAAGUGGUUUGAUUUAAAUAGUCACACCAUAGGAUUUCGUUCACUCUUAGAAUAAAAGGUUUAAAAUAUUUCUAAAUAAGUCCCUUUUAGAGUAAAGCUCACACGUCCGCAAAGGUGGAUGGAAAGUGCGAAAAUCUUUUUAUCUCUUUUUGCGCGCUUCUCCUCUUCCCAGAGAGCCCUCAAUAGAUCAAAACAGGUUUCUGCUGAAGAGGAAGGGCAAAAAUGAAAUAUUUACAAACACUGCCGUAUUCCUAGUUACUUCAUUGUAAACAAACCUUGCAUAGCUUCGGAACCGCCUUUUUCAAACGCACCUCGCCUGGUAUUAAAGUGUGACAUAUAAUUCUCUACUGAAGCGACCUUUUUUUUGGUUAAACACUUUGAAAGUCAUUUUCUUUGCCGAAUUUAAAGUUUGGAGCUCGUUAUUAGAGAGAACACCUAUAGCAAGAUCUAGUGCCUUUAUAUCAACAUGUUCUGUCCAUUGUUAGUGUCUUUUAGACUGGGAGAAGUACUGGAUCCAUACACCAAGCUGUAUAUGGUGAUACAUGGCGACAAGGGCGAUACUGACAAGAUUUAUCUCGCGCCAAAAGGAGGAAAACUAGAACCUGGGAAGAUGUAUACUGUUACUGUACAGACUACAGAUGUAGGAAAUGUAAGUAUUUGACCCAGGCAACCCAGGUCAGGACUGUCAUUAGUAGCCAGCUACUGCAGUAAAAUCAGCUGGCUACUCCAAGUUUGAAAAUGAUUCAAACAUAAAGAUAGGAGGAUUUGUCGAAUAAAUGAGCGACCACUUUCCUUGAGAGAAAGCCUUAAUGACAGCCCUGCUCAGGUUGUAUAUGAUAAUUGUCACCGAGUAUAGUAUUAUCCACCGCCCGAUUAGCUCGGUUGGGAGAACGCCGGUCUGCCGAGCGGGAUGACGCCGGUUCAAACCCCGGCCGGACCAACAACUGGGGUCUUUAAAUAACUGGUAAGAUCAUGCUGGAUUGUCUGUUAGGAUUAUAACGGCAUUGGGUGGUGAGGUUAAGCCAUUGGCCUCGUUUCCUUCACUCUUCUUUCAUUGGCAAAAUCGAAGGGGAUGUAAAAGAACCCACACUACUCUUCGAAAAGAGUAGAGGAAGUUUCCCCUAUGGUGUGCUUGACCUUGCACACAUCAUUCAUAUCAUGGGCUGGGUGCAUGGGUUAUAGCGAGCUCAUAAAUGGGCAUGAUAGCGGCUGCCAGAAGCGCCCUUGUAUGCUGACGUCCGACCUUAAUGUUAACAUGUAAACAUCAUAUUGUCAAGAGGACACAUCUGUUGCCUUCUUAUCCACGAGAUUUCAUUUAUUCACUCGGCUUUCGCGUCACAGGAAUUUUUCCCCCGUGUGUCGGCCAUUUUUUUAAGCGGGUGCGGUAACGUGAAGUAAAAUUACCUUACGUCGUUUACGAAGUUUGAUUGGUCAGUUAUCUCUUCUCAUCGUUCCAAAUAUGGUACUUUCCAAAAUGAAUAAUCACGAGCAUCGGAGAAAGCAAACAUAUGAGAGUAACACGUUUCAACCCCUUAUGAGUUUCUGGUAACACGUGGUACAGGUGUGAUUGAAUGAUCAUUCAAGCUUUUAAAAAUAUGUCAACUCAACUAAGUGUCAACUCUAUUCCAUUUAUUUUUACAGGUUCGCAAUAUCAGCUUGGGACAGGACGGACUGUCUCCAAACCACGGAGUGUUCGUGGAGGAGGUAGAAGUCACAGCCCCCAGGGGAUCCCCGGUGGUGUUCCCCUGUCGAUGCUGGCUUGCAGAAGAUGAAGAUGAUGGUCAAACUACACGUGUGUUGGUUCCAGGAGAAUCACUAACCUCACGAUAUGACAGUAAGAGUUUAUUCUACUUAACUGGUGUUGUGAUCUAGUUUGUUAUCAGAGAGGAAAUUUGCGCUGGCAUCGACUAUUAGAGACUUUUAGAUUAUAAGACGAGAACGAGAUUUUUCCAAUACUAAGUGGUGCGCGCGUGUGUGAACCAGCGUCAUUUUGGCGGGAAAACGCGAUAGUCAGCGUCAUUCUACUGCGAGUUUUAGCAAUGUCUUAGUGACGGGAGCAAGUUCUCAAAUGUUAGCAGUUUUAUCAUUUUGCGAUCGGGAGAGGGAAUAACCUGCGUCAAUAAAAUAUCCGUGCUAACUUUCUUCGUGAAAAAAGUACAAUGAAAAUAGUUGAAGUUAAAUCUCAUCCUCUAUUAACUCACUUCAGGGGCCCUGGCAUAACCCGGGCGCAGCGAGCAGCCCCCUUGUGCUCAUGCAGCGACGUUUUCACAGACUAGUUAAUUUUUAGAGCGAUUUUCCCGCGAAUUUUGACCAUCAAGUAAGUUUUACAAAUGACCCAGUAAAAAAAAGGACACUAGAAGAUAGUAAUUGUGAUAUUUUGAUAGCAUUCACUUCCAUUUUCUCUGGAAAAAUACCACAAAAUGAUGCUUAAAAUUAACUGAUCUGUGAAAGCGCCGUUGCUCACGUAGCCUCCGGAUCCCACUUAAACGUUCCUAGGGGUUCGUUACGCGUUUCUUGGGGAGGAUUGCGUGACGAGCCAAAAGAAUAUCUGCGUGGGAGGCUAUUGCUCACUUAGAGUCACUCAAAGAAAUAGUUUAUAUGAAUGAAAUUAUCCUCGACUGUAAGCCUUUUGAAAUGGUUACGCAUGAGACUGGACUGACUAAAUGCACCAUGGGACUGUUUUGGGGGGCUCCAGCUUCUUUUUUAGGGGUUUUGCAAGGUUUCGUACAAAUUUGGGUUCAAAUUCGUUCCCCUAGUAGUCCCAUAGUGCAAUUCGAGACAACGACAACGCAGCAAUGGCCAAAGGCUAUGAUAAGCAGUACAAUGUGUAGGUAAAGUUCGCUUAUUUGAUAACACGCUGUCAAAGUCAUCUGAAAGAGACAUUUACAGUUGCAAAAGGUUUGUGAACGCGUUGAAAAUGGUGUUUUUAUAUUAAAUUGGCAAUCAACUCAGUGGAGAAUUUUACAUGUGGACAGAUACAAUAUAUAUAACCUCUUUGUGAAUUGGUCAUUUUGCUUAGCUUGGAUCAGACUUUCUUAAUUUGUGCAUAUUACAAACGCUUCCAUACAUCAAUUGGCUGACGCAAGUAACUGAUUUCUUGGUUUAAUUUGCACCUAUGCUCUGGACACUUGCAGCAUUGCAAAAGAGACAUAUUAAUGUGUCUUCUUGUCUAAAUCGCAGUUGGUUUUCGUCUUGGAGAAGUGUUGGACCCCAAUACCAAGCUGUACAUGAUGCUGUACGGUGAUAAAGGAGAGUCAGGCAGGAUUUAUCUGUUACCAGAUGGAUCAAAGUUUGAACCUGAUAAGUUCUACAAAGUUUCUGUAAACAUCAAGGACAUUGGAAAUGUAAGUCGUGUACUUUUGAUGCAGUCCUAGCCUGUUCUAGGCCUUCAGGAGGUAGGGACGUAGCGAAGCAAAGUCAGGCGGAAUAAGACGCGAGUGUUCUAGGAAAAGAGAGCGCCUUCAUCACGUUCGCUGUCCAUACUACAAGUAUAUUAGAGCCUGGAACAGGUUAAUGCAACCCUAAUUGAAAAGACCAAACAAAGAAUACCUAAUAGUUAAUUUCCUGAAAAAUCACUCUGUGUUUUAAUGUCACGGGCCUCGAAUAAGCCCAUGUGAACUCACGCUGUUUUGGAAAUAAGAUGGCAUAUGUAAUAUUAUGACUGAUUGAAAAUGUUUCUUCGUUUCUUAUUCGCCGAAAUCCCCCGGCUUAUUGCUCAUAGCUAGCCUAUGCGUGUUUGCUGAUAUCAAUACGAUUGACGUCAAGACGUACGGCGGGGUGGCCCAGCUGUUAUGGCAGUGUAGAGCUGGAGAAAAUGGCGGAAGAUUGCAGACCUCGACACGAACUGGCGAACUACUGGCUAAACAUAGCAAAAAUAGACUGAAAUACCACUUGUCGGAUGACAACUGCUAUAUGAAGAAUACCUUCCAGAAUUUAAUACAACACCCUUCCAGAACCGCACAAUUCUUCAUAUCAUACUCAGCUUCCUCUAAUAAUUACUUUAACAGAUACAAAAGGUUCAUAUUGGACAUGAUAGCAAAGGACGCAACAAAGGCGUUUUUGUUGAAGAAAUCGAAGUGACUGCUCCUGACGCUCCCAAAGUUAUAUUCCCUUGCCGCUGCUGGCUCGCAGAAAACGAAGAUGAUGGCAAAACCUCUCGGGUCAUCGUGCCUGGAGAGUCGCUUACUCACCCUUACGACAGUGAGUGCAUGUGCAAUUUUUAAGUUUUUUUUUCCAUCUUUUUUUUUUAAAUUUUGGCUCAUCUUUUCUGAGCAUGAAAUUCUCCCAGGGAUAAGAAAUAUUUUUACUUGUUUUGGUUGUUUGCUAUUUUCCCAUUGGUUUGUGUUGUUGUUGUUUUUUAUUUGCUUGUUUUCUAAAUUUCCUCCUGUUCCUUGAAACCCGAUGUGGGUUUUUUCGUUGUUGUUUUGGCAUGCUGGCUCAGGGAGCUUUAAUUUCGACAUUUACUGGGUAUGCUAGAAAAUAACAUUCUGUGAUGUUCUCUAAACCAGUGGCUGGUCAGUCUUUCUCAGGCGUACAGAUUAGAAUGACUGUGAUGUCAAACAAAAAGUGACAGUGAAAAGAAGCAAACAUACUUUUAAGUAAUACCUUCUUAGAUGAAGCCGCAUCUGAAAUGGUCUAUAUCUCCGGGGCUCCCAAAUCUUUAACUAUCCAAGGGCGUUGUUGCUUGGGAAUUUCUUUAAAGUGGAAUCUUUUGUUGUGCUUGUUCAACAGUCGCGUUCCGUCUUGGGGAGGUACACGACCCGUGGGCUAAGUUGUACAUGAUUCUUUAUGGUAAGAAAGGCGAAUCUGGGAAAAUACACCUCGCUCCAUCUGACGGUAAAAAGUUUGAACCUGGAAGACUGUAUACUGUGUCCGCAAAUAUCAAGGACAUCGGACCGGUAGGUUGUUAGUAUUUUUCAUUCAUGUCGUUUUUUAAAUCUUUGACUCUCGAAAGUGAGAAAGGUCGAAUUCAAGAAUGAAUGGUCGAUAUGCCAUAGGAUUUGGUCCGCAGACUCGAUGGUCACUCCAUAGACUUGUUCGUCCGCCUGUCAUAAAGUUAGAACUGCGUCACAUUUCGGCAUAAUUGAACCCUUCUCAAGUGUGAAAGGUUUCAUAAACGAGCGGUUUUUUUUCUUCAGCCAAGCGUAUUGAACGGUCUCACGAAGAACUUUCACGUAGAUCCUAGGAUUCUGGAUUACUUUGGCCGGAAGAUUUUCAGUAUGCAAACAGAUUCAAAGACACUGAUUAUGCAGUAAAUUUUCCACCAUCUAUCAAUUAUUUAUCCUUUAAAACACUUAGUGUGUAGUGUCAGAGGGUAGGUGCUGUGAAGGUAGCGACAGAGGAGGGCAGCAAUCUCCUUAGCUGCAAGGAGAUCUCCAUGGCAACCGAGCCGCAGCCCAAUCAGGCCCGUCCUACCAAUACAACACCGACAAACUAGUGUGGAAUGAAUACUUACUCAAAAAGUGGGAGGGAGGUAUGGACACAAAGCAAGGAAUUGAGCGGGAACCCAUGGCGAUGCCCCUGCAAACCUACCUCGCGCUCCCCGCAUCAGAUUGCUGAGACUGCCUCAUUGACUUGGCUUUAACCUUCCCUAAAUUACUUUUAAAAGUGUCAAAAUACUUUUUUAACGAAGUGGCUUAACGCCGCGUUUUCUCCGCGUUAUAUGAAAACAAUCUAUCUAUUAUCAAAAGAAAAGACGUAACGCCUCGUUGACUGUUGAGAAUUUUGUCGCUUGUUUCAGGUGGAGAAAAUCAGCAUUGGAAAUGACAGCCGAGGACCCGGCCAUGGUGUUUUUGUAGAAGAAAUCGAGGUAGCAGCUCCGAGUGAGGAAGCUGUUGUUUUUCCUUGCCGUUGCUGGUUGGCUGAAGAUGAAGGCGAUGGCAAAUCUGCACGUGUUUUGCAGCCUGGGGAGACUGUUAGUCCUCCUUAUGACAGUGAGUAAAUCUUCUUCUUCUUCUUUUAGGCCAAAGAUCUGGUUCCGUCCCGUGGCUCUACAUUUGUCUACAUGAUACCACCUCAAAAUGUCAUGCCGGUGCGAGUCACCCCGGCGUGAGUUCACCCCGGUUGUUGUACCGGGGCGAGAAUUUCACUCCGGUAUGAAGUCUCGCAACGGUAUCAUGUGAAGGCGAAACGACCACACGUUUCGGUGUGAAAUCGGUCUGUUGGUAGACUGAAAGGGGUAGCGCAUGCGUAAUGUUUGCAAUGUGGCGGGCCACAUUGUUGAGGUGCGAGUGCUGCUCCACCCCCAACCACCCCACCCCCUUCCACUUUCUUCUACUCUAUUGAUAUUCAAAAGGGAUCCACUCAAGCCUAAACAUUUCCCCCAUAUGUGAAUUAACGAGUUGCGAUUCUCAUAAACCACUUACCUACCCUCACUUUUCGGACUGUCUAUCAAACCGCUCUCUUCUUAGACACCAAAUACGACUAAAGGUUCUUGUUUUUUUAGUUCUGUUUCGUCUAGGAGAGGUGUUGGACCCGCAGGCUAAGCUGUAUAUGAUACUGUACGGUGACAGGGGCGAAUCUGGCAAAAUAUACCUCACUCCUUCAGAUGGCACUACAUUUGAGCCUGGAAAACAGUACAGGGUGUCUGUCAACAUCAAAGACAUUGGAAAGGUACGGUUAUAGGUUUUAUGCCGAACAAGGGUCUCAAAUGUGAGAAGCUCCAAGGGGGACCACUGAAGAAGCCGUAAAAAAAGCUUUUUCUGUCGUUUCCGUAAAUAUAUCAGAAUGGACCACAAAAAGAAGGUUUCUUACUCUAAUAACCAGAGCUUAGUGCGCUUCUACGAUAAACUGGACCUUAACCGACUCUUUAUUUUCUAAUCCCCCAUGAUACAUUCUGUUCUCCCCCCUAAUUUUGCAUAAACUAUUGUUUUUAAAUGUUCCUGGGAGAACCGUAUUUUCCCAAGACCACAACUUUGUUUUCAACUUAUACAAGAUAUUGCUUUAUGCCCGUAAUUAGCUUAAGCUAGUCGCGAAAAUUGGAAAGCAAUACCUUGCUCAAAUUUCGGCGGGUGGGGUGCAAUCAGGGUGUUUUAUUGGGAUUCGAAAAUAAUCCAUUAUCUUGCGAUAGUAACCGCCGUGUUUCACAGAUAUUGCAGAAAUUGUUUCCCUUUUUUACUCUGAAGAUGACUAGCGCACUUGUUGUCGGGACAUCAGCCAUUUUAAACAAGGACUACACGUUCCGGUCGUCGAUCAUAUUCCUCUUACUUAUGACAUGACUCCUGGGUUCAAACAACAGAGUGUAAUAUUCCCUUAGUGCAAACGAGAAAGUACUCUUUUGGUUCAAACCAUUCACUGUGUUACGUUCAUAUUACUCUUUCCGCAGAUCAACAAAGUCUAUCUAGGAAAUGACAGUCAAGGGCGUGGUUGUGGAAUAUUUGUGGAAGAAAUUGAGGUACAUUGUGCAGACGAGGAUCCGGUGAUUUUUCCGUGCCGCUGCUGGCUAGCUGAAGAUGAAGGAGACGGCAAAACAGCUAGAAUUCUGGUGCCUGGUGAAACGAUUCAGCCACAAUUAGACAGUAAGCCAAACCUUUGAGAUACUUCAGUUAUCUGUAACGGUCAAGUCACGUCUAUGGUAUUAUAGGCUCAGUCGAAUAUACUGGGGAAAGAAACUCCAUCGUAAACCGCGUUUUAGCACGUUUGUUAAGUGGGCUGUGUGACAAGGUAAAACGUUUUUCGCGUCAUAUGAAUUGAAUUCCAAAAAUAAUGGUCCAGUUUUGUUAUUUAAGACCUUUUUACAUUUAGUCAUUGAAACUCACUGUUGCAUUUGAUGGCAAAGAUGGACAUGGAUUGAAACAGUGCAGAAUUUCAGCGCAUUCCACGUUAAUUCGCUGCUUGAAAGAAAACUCCAGUUUUUUGUCUUUGAAGAGAAUCCAUUCUCUGAUUUGAAGUUGCUCUUUGGACGUAAUUAUUUAUUGUGUGUAUGGAAGCUGUAUAGUAUCUAAAUGCAGUGAAAGCAGCUUGUGUUUCAAUAGUUCUUAAUUGUUAUUAUGUUCAGGCACAUUGUACAACAUGACUUUUGAAACAGAGGAUGUACCCUUCGCUGGCACCGAUGCCACUGUUUAUGUACAGCUGUUUGGAGAAAAGGGACAAACUGAAAAGAUCGAGUUUAGAAGCGAAAACAAACUAGAGGCGCCCAAGUUUAAAAGAGGAAGAAUUGACAAAUUUGCGGUGGAAACUGCGGACGUAGGACAGGUAAGUUAAUGAUGAGAUUCUUAAUUGUUAAGUGUUAACACACUUCUGUUAGCCUGCGAGCAAGCUCUCCAUUUUGGGGAGUCGCGAGAGUAGCACGCUCCUCUCUGCUUCUCCGCUGGCUCGCGCAUUCUCUCGCGGCUCGCUUCGCUUACCAUGUAAAAUGUAGAGCUUGCUCGCAGGCUAGACCUUGCAUGAAUUUUUCUUUUCAUAAGAUUUUCCCUUGCACGAAUAUUUUUCUUUCACUAAUGGUCCGUCGCUAAAGUUUUAACGUUCUCAUACGUUAGCUGAAGAAGAUCCGUGUUGGACACGAUAACACUGGCCGCAAUCCAGAAUGGUACUUGAAGAAGCUGAGUAUCGAAGUUCCCUCAAGGGAUGAAAUUUAUGUUUUUGAGUACAAUAACUGGAUAGCUGGGGAAAGAGUCGACUUGGAUCCAGGUAAACAUCUUUAAAGAUUACUCAUUACCAUCACCCUACAAUCCCUGAUCCAUCACACUAGAAACGAGAGGGAAACUGGGGCGAGUUAACUUUCGCAAAGUGUUCUGGGACAGUAACUAGGGACAGGUAAAAGAAAUGGCCAAUAGGUGAUCAGCGUGUCCCUAGUAGCGAUCCCAGAAACAAUUGCGGCACACAUUUCGGCUCCAGUUCCCUUUCUAAAGUGGCGAAUGCCUUUGUUUUUUCGUUGGGGUAGUGAAACUAUUGUAGCUUACAGUCGAGCCUUGAAUCUAACCUACUUCCUUGCAAUUUUUUUUAGAAUACGAAAAUGGGUUUUUAGCGGGCCUCACUUGGUUAUUAGUCUCGUGAAUCAGGACUCCAAUCACUUGUUUGCCUGACUGCUUACAAGUAGUUCUAACACGAUAAAGACUUUUUCGUAACAUUUGUGGUUUUUUCUUAUCUUUCUGUUGCUUAUACCCUUGACCCUUAAUGCUUUUUGGGAAAGAAAAAAACCUCCGUUAUAGUGCCUCUAUUAUUAUUGAUGUAUUUAUAUAUAUAUUUUUUUAUCAGAAAAAAAAUUGGAUGUAAGAUUUGUAGAUUUCGUAUUUUUCCUUGUUUUUGUCAGUUUAGCAGGCGGUAAGCUACGACGUAGGUGAUAAAAUGCUGAUAGUUUUAUUUUGUUUAUAUUUGUAGUCGAUGAAGCGCUUCGAACAGAAUUGUACACAAGUAAGUUUGUGUUUCAUUUCAUUUUCAGUUUUCUUGUUCAUAUUGUCAAAGUACAGCUGUAUAGUUGUAAUAGUUGGUUAACUCUGCUCCAAACAAAAACUUGUGUAAUUGCUGUUUUGCCACUUAAACGGCGGUUUGUAAGGAUGAUGUGUGCUUUCAUUUCCUCCUUAGGCGAGGCACUACUUUUUGCUUGUUACCACUUUUCGCGAGAUCGUAAACAAGCAUAAGGCGAUAGUAUAAUUAUACUGUAGUUAUUACCAAGGUGGUAAACACUGCGCGAGGAGGGUUUUUUUUUUUUUUUUAAGAAAAAGAACCGAUGAAAACCGAUCGUUGAUCACGUGUGUUACGGACCCGACUAGCCUGCGUAGCUGGCGGGAAAAGCGAAACCCUCGGCUUCGACGCUCGCUUCAUGUGUCGGCUCCGCCGCCAUAAAAUACCCCAGGCACAAGGAUCCCGCCAGCAACGAAGGCUAUUAACUGACUAACGUGCAGCCACUAAACUGAAAACAAAACAAACCGUUCGUUAUUUUGUAGUUCAUCUCAAACUGGGUGAAGUCGCAGAUCCUUACGCUCCAGUUUGGAUCCAGCUUGUUGGCGAGAAGGGAGAAAGUGGACAGAUUCAGAUCAAGCCCGGGUAUGGACCCAAGGACAAAUUCGAGAACGGUCGAAUGUACAAAGUGGUAGCCAGGGUCAACGAUAUCGGAAGGGUAGGUACUGUGGGGGAAGGGGAGGAGAGGGCAAAGGGGGUAUUUCCAAGGUUAAAUUUUUUCAAGCUUGAAAUCUGCAUUCGGAUGCGGAUCCCAAAUCGUCAUAAUCUUGGUGACACAGUGUUGCAGGAGAAUUGCCUUCUAAACCUUUAACCGUCCUUGUCUUUGAUUGCGCAUUGCAAUAUUGUUCCUUACAAAGUCCAUUCCGCGCGCUCCUGCCAGGACACACUUAAAUAACAACCCUUCCCUUCCGUUGGUGUACAGGUUGUAGAUGUUAAGGUGGGUCAGGACCUGUCUGAUGCCCCCAGCAAGGGACUCUACGUUGAGGAAGUGGUGGUCACAGCCUCGCGCGGGGACGAGGUCACAUUUCCAUGUCACUGUUGGACUGGUGAAGACGAUAAAAUCACUGUGGAACACGUACAGCAGACUGAGGAGGUGCCUCUUGGUAAGUGUGUUAAAAAGCGGCUAUGAGCAUUUUGAUAAGUAUGUUUACUUAACGCACUGACAGUUUUGUUCUAGCAACUUUACUGGGCACAGACCCAACCUCGUUUCCAAGGUUCUCUCCGACUCGUUCCCCAGUGCGAGACUGAGAGAGGCGUCUCCGUGUGACUGAACAUCCCUUCGUAAAACUAGCCUCGCUAUCCUCGCUGCAGUUUCGUCGUUUGUGCUAUACGGGUUAACGCUUGUCGAAACGUUUUCGUAAGUCGAUGCACACAAAACUCGUUUUAAAGCCCUAGUUGUAGCAGGCUGGUAAAAAUGGCUGUAUGCGCAUCUGGACGCUGACCUAUUUUGUUUGUCGUGCAGAUACAACAUACCAAGUGACUUUCAAAACUGGUGACAGACCACACGCUGGCACAACAGCUAAAGUUCAGUUUGAACUCCUGGGCGACCAAGGUAAAACAGAGCCUAUCUUACUCAGUGAAGACCGAAGUCUACGUCUUUUUGACAGAGGAAACAGUGAUAAGUUCAAAGUGGACACAAGGGAUGUUGGAAAGGUAAAAUACUAAAUACAUAGGUGAAUCUUAGUUUACAUUUUCUAGUUAUUAAAGUAACUUCUCUGAAUAUUAAAAGGGCGUAGCUGUCUUGCAGUCGGACGCCAAUACACUGAAUAGUUUCGGAAAAAUAGGUUUGGCUUUAGUAAAAGUGAUUUAAUUUACGUGAUUCCAGAUUGAGAAGCUUCAUAUCCGCCAUGAUAAUUCUGGUCGGGAUCCGGACUGGUACCUAGAGGAAGUUACUAUUGAUGUACCAGAUAAAGGAGAACAGUACAUCUUCCCCUGUCAUCGCUGGCUCGUCGGCAGUCAGCGUGACGUGGUGUUACUUCCUGGUAGGUUUUAUACAUAUUUGGUUUUUAGAUAGAAGUGUCACGUUACCAUGGUAGCAACAUUUCUGGAUGAUCGCAAUUUUCGCAACUGGCUUUCAAAAAAUCGCCAACAUUGCAAUUUUUGAGAUUUUUCGCAAACACAUGAUAAAUCGCAAUUUUUGUAGCUGCGUGCAAACCUGGACAUAAGUGAAGCUCUUGAGCGCAUAGGUUAUAACGUGAAUUUAAACUUUCAGCAAACAACUAUGCGAGCAUUUGUCGGAACUUUUAACCUUUCGAGCUUACACCCCUUUUUAAGUCAGGGCAAAAUCAUUGACGACUUAGUCAUUCUAGAAUACUGAUAUUACGUUAAGGUGUUUCGAUACAGUUUUUCAGAGGCCAUACCGAUAUUUUUCAAUCGCCUUAAAAGUAGUUUUUACCUUGUCCGAUCGCUAUAAAAUUUUCACCAGUAAUUGGCUAUGGAUUGAAAUUUGUGAAAAUGUAGUUUUAAGUAAAAUCGAUAUUACUAUGACAACAGUAAACAAAAAACUUUGAAAUUGAUAAAAGCCGAAUUUUGUGUGAUCUAGACCUGCUGCUGAAAGUCCAACACUAGGAACUUAAAGUUUGGUGUUUAGCAAACAAUCUCCGUAAGAAGUAAAAAAUUCUGUAUGUUUGAAUUCGAAUAAAACGAAAAUAUAUUUCAAACCUUAAAUUUUCAAUAGCCGUGAUAGGUUAUGUAAUAAAAACGUUAUAAAUGACUCAAAUUAUUCUUACGUAGCGUACGAAUGAUGCUUAAUAUCAUGUUUUGAUACUAGGAAAUUUUGGUGUACUUUCGUUCAUGCGAUCUUGAAAACUAACCCAUUUUCUCACCAUCUGUAUAAGUGCAACUUCAUUCAGAAUUUGGACUUUUAGCGCUUUCUUGUAUAUCUCCGAAACGACUCGAACGAAUUUUUUUCAAAUCUAUUCACAUAAUCUUCAUAAUGUAUAUAAAGAUGUCCGAAAGUCUCAUUAAGAUUGAUUCACUGCAACACCUUGAAAUUUCAAGACAAACCUGUCCUACCAACCGGUCAAAAAUCUGCGUUACAACAUUCACUGUUUUGACGUUAUGCUAAUUUUUCCAGAAUAAUGCGCACUAUACAUACCUCCAUGACUAGUACAUCUUAGUUUGAAUUUAUCGCAUCUUUUGAAUGUAAAAUAUUGGCAAUACUCACACUGAAAUGUACUAGUCAUGGAUAUAUGUAUUGUCCGCAUUAAUUUGGAAAAAUUACCAUAACGUCAAAACAGUGAAUGUUGGAGCGCAGAUUUUUGACCGGUUCGUCGGAUAGGUUUGUCUUGAAAUUUCAAGGUGUUACAGUGAAUCAAUCUUAAUGAAAGUUUCGGACAUUUUUAUAUACAUUAUGAAGAUUAUGUGAAGAGAUUUUGAAAAAAUUCGUUCGAGUCGUUUCGGAGAUAUACAAGAAAGCGCUAAAAGUCCAAAUUCUGAAUGAAGUUGCACUUAUACAGAUGGUGAGAAAACAGGUUAGAUUUCAAUAUCGCAUGAACGAAAGUACACCAAAAUUUCCUAGCAUCAAAACAUGAUAUUAAGCAUCAUUCUUACGCUACUUAAGAAUAAUUUGAGUCAUUUAUAACGUUUUUAUUACAUAACCUAUCACGGCUAUUGAAAAUUUAAGGUUUGAAAUAUAUUUUCGUUUUAUUCGAAUUCAAACAUACAGAAUUUUUUACCUCUUACGGAGAUUGUUUGCUAAACACCAAACUUUAAGUUCCUAGUGUUGGAUUUUCAGUAGCAGGUCUAGAUCACACAAAAUUCGGCUUUUAUCAAUUUCAAAGUUUUUUGUUUACUGUUGUCAUGGUAAUAUCGAUUUUACUUAAAACUACAUUUUCACAAAUUUCAAUCCAUAGCCAAUUACUGGUGAAAAUUUUAUAGCGAUCGGACAAGGAAAAAACUACUUUUAAGGCGAUUGAAAAAUAUCGGUAUGGCCUUUGAAAAACUGUAUCGAAACACCUUAAAUCGACGGGCUAGUAUUAAAUUGAAUGUCCUUGUUCAAGUUUUAGAACAGGACAAGACAAGUUUUUUUUUUUAAAUUUAUUAUUUCGAUAUUUACGUUCUUUUAUUUUUCCUUGGUGUUUUUAGCUGAAACAAAGGAUUUAUCGCAAGGUAAGGAUGACUUGUCACAUGUAUUAUUAUUAAUAUUAUUAUCAUUAUCAUCGUCGUCGUCGUCGUCGUCGUCGUCGCCGCCGUCGUAGUCAUCAUCAUCAUCACAUCACCAAUGGAAGGUUAGAACAAAGUGUUUUUUUAUGCCAUAAAAAGACAAUCGAAGAAUUUUGUUUGAUGAAGAAAGAAAGCCUUGUUUGGCGUGACGUUUUUGAGGUGUGCUUUUCAGGAAUCUUUCGCGGGUUUUACGCAUAAGUAGAUUGGUUAAACAAAAAAACCUCAAUGAACCAAUGGGAGGGUCCAUUUUGCACAAACAACCAAAUCUUUCGAGAAGGGACAUCGUCUGGUUUAGGCCGAAGGUAUGUGCUUACGUGUAGAUUAAAGAAGUGUUAGCGUGAUGGACAGUCCCGCCAAAAAAACGAAAGGCAGGGACCAUCGCCAAGUCUCCGUUCUAGGGAAGUGUCUGUUAAGGUCUCGGUAAAGGAAAACGAGGUGCCCACAGAAAAAAAUUCUAGUCGCGCGAGUAUUUUCGCUACAAAGGCAAGUUAUAUAUCAAAUUAAAGCUAAAAGACUAAAUUACCUCAUAAAAGAUUAUUUUACUUCAUCGAAUUUCAAAAAGCGCUUAAGUUUUUUGCUCUCGAACUCAGAGGAAAUUUGCAUAUGUCUCGUAUUAGAGGAAUUAUUGCAUUUCAAACUAAAAAGUCGAAUCUCGAGCGCGAUUUACGCAAAGAAACUGACAUAAAAUGAGUUACAAAGGGAAAUCAGAAAAUUCCUCACACCCUUUUUUAGGUCUUUUAUCUGUCAAUCAGAUGUAAUGAAAAGGAAGUGAAUAUUUAACAACGCGAAAGGGCUGGAGCUUCAGCAGUAAACUCGAUAUCUCAGAGUUCGAGAGCAAAAAACUUAAGCGCCUUUUGAAAUUCGAUGAAAUAAAAUCUUUUAUAAGGUAAUUUAGUCUUUUAGCUUUAAUUUGAUGUAUAACUUGCCUUUGUAGCGAAAAUACUCGCGCGACUAGAAUUUUUUUCUGUGGGCACCUCGUUUUCCUUUACCGAGACCUUAAGUUGACUAUUGACUGUUUAUUUAGCAGAAGUCGACUAUCGUAUCACAGUGAAGACAGGCGAGGAGACUAAUGCCGGCACAGACGCUAAUGUGUAUCUACAAAUGUUUGGUGAAAAUGGAAAGACGCAGAACUUCUCUCUUAGAGAGGAAGGAGACAAAAGAAGAUUCGAGAGUGGUCGAGUGGACAAGUUUCUGAUCCGAACACUAGAUGUUGGAAAGGUAAUGUUUAUAGUAGUCUCUUAUACCGUUUGCUAGCUGGUAGCCUGCACGCCUAUUCCUUCUGUUCAAUGCCACCAUAAAUGGCCUCAACAGUGAACUCACCCUGCCACUAGAGCUCGUUGUUGGCGUAUUCGAGGAAGAUAAUAGUGAGUUUACGCAACAGGACGGCAGAAAGAAGAGGACGGCAAAACGCUUGGGGGUGACAAACGUGACGGGGCUAUUUCUUGUGUGUUUUGUCGGGAAUUCACUUAACAUUGAUGUUUUUUGCCCUUCUACAAAAAGAUCUGUCUAAAGGAAUGUGAAGUUUGGCGGAAUGUUUGUUCAAACAAAAUUAUUGUCUUUCCUCUCCCAUCCUGUUGCGUUAGUUCACUAUUAUGUGCUGCGUGUUGCUGGGAUACAGUUUUGAACCCAGGCCUAAAAGCCGUGCCCUUGGUACAGCGGGCUUAGUUAUGGCACUCGAAAAAAGAUACGAUAGAGAACAAGAUAGACUUGUGCAGAAGUUCGGUCUACGGCCGCUUUCAAAGGCUUGAUCAGGCAGAGCCUUCUUUUUCCUUCUCUCUCAAGAAGACAAAAGGAGGCUUUACUCGCGGGAUGCGGUGGAUGAUCUGUAAAAGUUCGUCUUCAGUAACUUGAAUUAACCGUGCUGUUUUUAUAGGUAAAGCAAGGAUUGUAGUACACCCUGGUGUUUACUCCACUUUUUCAUAUGAUAUUUCGUGCUUUGUUGCAUUUAAAUUAACCCAGUCCUUUAACUUCCAAGAAUGCAGAAAAUUAUCAAGAAAGAAAGAACCGACGCAUUGUUUUGUUGAAUAUCAAAUAACAAAAUGAUAUCACGAGACUCUACUCUGUCCUUAAGAGGUUUCGUUUGAACCGUCACAGUUAGGAUUCGUCUAAAGACUUAAAAAGUUAGAACUACAUGCUAAAUAAAUAGUACUAUAUGAAAGUGCUGCUGAAGAGGUUUCAUUUGAAUGGUCACACCAUAGGAUUUCAUCCACAGACUCAAAAGUUAGAACUACUUACAUUUUGCCAAGUGUGUUCGUAAUUGACUAAGGAGGAACAGGGUUGACGUCUGUUCUCUCGUUCCAUAUCUAGCUCAAUUCUGUUCGUAUCAGCCGCGACAACAAGGGUGUUAAGCCCGGCUGGCUGCUCGACAGAAUCACUAUUGAUGUCGACGAAAAAGAUGAACACUAUGUCUUCUACUGCAACCGCUGGAUUGGAAGCUCGGAUAACGCGGUGGAUUUUACUCCAGGUAAACAAACUUUUUCAAUGGCGGAUCGUGAGUUAGGGUCGAAGGAGUCGGGAUCCCGUCAAUAUACCCGUCAGCGCAGACAAAAUUAUUUUAUCACUUAACACAAGAGACAAAUGUUUCUCAUCUGUGUUCUUUAUGAUUAAAACAUCACAUGUACUGCGCGUAUCCUUGGAGCAUGGGUGUAGUAAAAAGAAUUCCCCCGCGGGGAGGGGGUACUCAAGGGAAGUUUGGGUGGAGGUGUGCCACCGAGACCUUCAAACCCUGAUCCUAAUUAAGACAAAAAUUUCGAGACCAAUUAUUUUAUGAUCCUGAUUCGUUUCGUUUUGCAUACAAAUCGCCUCCCUUCUUCACCCUUCCCAUGGUUCCUUGCGCUUCGUCACCAGUCGCUCGCGUUUUCGCUCGCCUCGAUGCGAAACCAAGCGAAAAACGAAGCGCCUAAGGAGGAGGCUGCUUUUAGAGGCUUCCGGUCGACUGAUAGAGACACCUUGUUCAAGAAGCGAAAUAGUGAAUUUCUAUACCCUGCUUAAUCAUAACUAUGAUAAAAUUCUCAAAUCUGAUUGGCUAUCAGCUGUCCUGAUUUCAGCACUAAAAGGACAAUGUAACAGGACAGUACGCGUCAUGCCUAAGUAAUUGGACAGUAUGCGCCAUCACGCGCGCUCACUUAAAAGGCUUUUUCUUUUCUCACUACUAGCAAAAUUACCUGUGUUUUGAAUUAAAAAAGCUUAAAAAAUCACAAAUUUUGUUAUAGUUAUGAUUAAUUGAUAACAACUGCGCUACGCGGUCGUCCGAUUUCGUUUAUCACUCGUAUGACUCACUCACCAAUUGGACUCCACUGAGUCCUAUUACCAUUAUUAGGACUCAAGACCCUGAAAACCAUACCCUGUUUAGCGGCACAUACCCACCUAGGCCAAAUAGAGGAGUGAACCCUACCCCUCCCACCCUCGGGUAUAAACUAAUGUAACGGUGAGGAAGGGUAAAAUCAUUUGCUCUAACGGUGUGCACAAGUUGGACCCCCCUUAACUAAAAUUCCUGGAUCCGCCUCAGCUUAUAUUUCAGGCUAUGUGUAUUCUUGCAGGGUCGAGAUUUUUAAGAGUUGUUUCAUCAAACAGGGGGGAAGGGUUGGGGCAUCUAAAUUCUUUCUUGAGGAUGGCGUUUAGGAUUCUAUGAUUGAACAUAAACAGUCAACUUUGAAGGUGUUUCUUUAUAAUAUGGUAGAAAAACCAUGCAAACAAACAUGCAACUGAUAUUCUAACUAUUAGUUUCUCAUUAUAUUGUUAUAUCAAGCCGGCCGAAUGAGAUAGUACAACUAAAUUGCAUGCGGCGUGCUUACGAUGAGGGUUAAAAAGUUCCCCCCCCCCUCCUCUCCACCUCCUUGUCUUGGAAGCCUACCCCACGACGCUGGAUUUUCAUAAUAGUAUACAUAUCCGAGGUUUAUCUUUCAUCUGGUCAACCUUGGACCAGUCUAUUAAGUUUAUAAUAACGUCCUUACAAGGAGAGUUUUGACUUGACAGAAAUAACCCAAGGGCUAAAUAGUACACAUAUGCUGAAUAGUUUAUUAUAAUACAUUUAUGGUUUUGUUACAGAACAAGGCUCUCCGCGAGAUCAACAGGGAAUGUACACAGGUAAGGCUUUCAACUGUAUUCGUGAUAACUUCAUAUUUAUAUUCAUAUUCAUAUUCAUAAGACCUAACACAUGUGCUUGCACCAGGACGGAUACCUUUGAGGUAAGCACUGUGUGUCCGUAUUAGAGAGGUGUCUAUCUUAUAGACAGGCAAUUAAACGGAGUAAAGAAAGGCAUGGUACCAACUCUAGUUAUCUGUUUUAGCAAGAUGUUCGUCUUACAGAGGUGUCCGUUAAGAAAGAGUUGACCGUAAUUGUAUCACUAAAGGACAGUUUGUUUGCGUUCUCUUUACGAAAUCAAAUUAUUCAAAUUUGUCGUAAAACCUGAUGCGUCAUGCACAUUGAGGGCGAUGACCAUUAACGGUAACAAUGACAGUUUGUAGGACAGUCGUUCAUAAUUAACAAGUCCGUCAAGUUAUUCAAAUUUGUCGUAGACCCGAUGCAUCAUGCACAUUGAGGGCGAUGACCUUUAACGGUAGCAAUGACAGUUUGUAGGACUCAUCGUUCGUAAUUAUCAAGUCCGUCACCGUUCUAGUGCUCCACUUAACUACUUGUUCUGUUUGUUGUAGUGAGUUUCAAAGUUGGCGAAGUCCUGGACCCCGAUGUAAACCCGUUUUACCAGAUUAUUGGUCGACAGGGCGAAACCGACAAAAUCCGCCUGCGAGAAGGUUACUCCACGUCACAUGUGUUUACCAAGGGGAAUACAUAUAAAAUGUCUGUCAAAAGCCCAGAUAUUGGGGAGGUAUGUAUAGGGAAACACAUGAACCUUUCCGAGCUAUUUUUGAGGGAAUUAUCAUUAUCGCUGAUGAAAAGAUUCCGCAUGAAAAACUUUCCGAAGUAUGGUAUUCAUUAGUAAGAAAGCCAAACCGGGGAGAGUCAAUGCAGAAUUUAAUUAUACGUCCCGAAUUUUUUUGUCUGUAGAUAUCAUUUCCUUACGUCAGGAGCAAUGUUGUUUUUAAAGUUGAUAAGUUUUCGGAGGGUUGAAUUUUUCCAAGCCGUUGCACUGUGCUAAGUUCAGCCAAGAAAGCUGUCCAUAAGCACCACUCAAUCUCCCUAACCUCCAAAACUACUUCUUGUUAUGUCCCAGUGAAAUGAAAUAUCUUAGACCCCGUUUACUUGGGUCCGAACAAAUACUUGCACAGAUCCGUCUUUCGUUCACACUGGACCCGCGGAACCGUGCAAGGUUUUGAACGGCAUUUUGACGUGAUCAGAAGAGGUCAAUAUUUUUGACCGGUAUGGUUCCGUUUUUACGCGGACUCGUGUAAACACCUGAAGCAAGAAAGGUUUUGCACAGUUUGUGCGGUGAAAACCUGAAGCCUAGUUACGCGCCUUUGAUUAAAAUAAAAACCAUUCCAAUGCUGACACUGGCAAAAAUUUGUGCGGACUAGUGUAAUCGGUACUGUAACAGAAUUUGCACGUUUCCGUGUAAACAGGCUGCGCAGGUAAAAAUUCGUCCCUUCAAAAAUUUUUCUGGACCGAGAUAUGUCUUAACCGAGAUAUUUUCUUCACGUGUUAUAGAUCACCAAACUUCGCAUCGGCGACGAUGGAUAUGGGCGUGGUCGGACCAUGUUUGUUGAAGAGGUAACGGUGACGAACAAAGAAGGGGAUACUGUCGUGUUCCCUUGUCGUUGCUGGCUCGGCAAAGAUGACUCUAACUCGGCAAUUAUUAGAGAGCUUAUCCCCGGUAAACCAGUCCCCGAGGAACCUGAAGGUAAAUACCACAGCUGACAACUACAAUAGUCAUCAGAUGGUCUUAUAUCUAACUGGGAAAGGCAGCUCCAAAAUGGAAAGGGGAAAAGAACUGAAAAUGCUUGAAAGCGGGAUGGAGGCGGGGCUUGGGUCGGACAGGGUAAACGUCGGCCCGUUUUGUUAUAUUUUCCAAGUUUGUAUCGAUCUGGGAGAAAAUUUAUUGUAUUAACGUUUUGUGAAAGUUUUUCUCGAUUUGGGAAAAAGUAUGUUGUUAAUUCUUGGAAAAUGUUUCUGUUUUGUAACGGUGAUUUUGUCAAACAUGACUCUUGCUCGCUACUGUCCUGCGUUAAUGAAAGAGACCUCUCCAUCGGUAGCUUGUCUUUGAAGGGUAAAGCGCGUUCGUUAGCGUCUUCACUUCUGCUAAGGACUUGCACUCGGAACACCAGCAGUUAAAUCAGAUUACCACAUCAACUCUGUCUGAGCGGAUAAAACCUUAUUGUUGUAUCUUUUUGCAGACAUUUCGUAUCAUAUGACCAUCAAAACGGGUGAUAAACCGAACGCUGGAACAGACGCCAACGUGUAUUUCGCGUUAUGCGGCAACAAAGGUGAAACGCCACGAAUCGACCUACAGGACGAGAGACAGACCUUCAGGCGAUUUGAGCGCCGCAGAGCUGACAAGUUUGUGAUACAAACUGCUGAUGUUGGCAAGGUAACAAAGCUGAAACACACGCUGCUUGCAAAUUUAGGUUGGCAUUAGAUAACAUCGGGUGAAGCCAGAUUUGACACAGAUUAUGAGGUUUACACAAAGCAUUUUUCUCUUAACGGAACGAUCCUGAAUCAGAACCCCAUUAACCUUGUACAAUUGCUGGAAAAAAAACAAAAAAAAACAGAACUACAAAGCGCCAGUUAUUAAGAGAACAUUCUGGAGAGUUAAAUACUUAUCUGCAGUGAUUAGGGUUAAGCACUGAACUGAAAACGGUUAGCUUUCAAAUAUUUUAAUGCGAUUCGGCAUACCGUGGCGUUCAUGUAUGUGUAUAUCAAACAUUACUGGAUUUGGCAGCUAGUCCUUGUUGGUGUAGUGGAUAUGAAUGUAGGUUAUGAAGCAAAUGACUCGGGCUCGAAGCAUCCCAGUUCUGUUUAUCUAUCUUAUUUUAUAUUACACAGUAAAGUUGGACUUAAAUUGUUCUUCAGGUAAUUUAACUGAAAGAAACAAUCUGGCUUCAGCCGAUGUUACCCUAUGCUAACCACUGAAUUAACACAAACUUUGAAAGACUCUCGUACAGUGUUGACGGAACAACACCACAGAAUCGAGAUGAGAAGUCGUUACGGCGCUACGUGGCCAUGGUAGCAAAAUUUUUGGAUCACAACAAACCGUAAUCCUGCAAAAAUGGCAGGAAAAAAACGAAAAAAUGGGCAUGCAUGACUUUACUGUACAUGAUUGCACUCAGGAACAAAUAAUAUCCCUUACUUUUCUUCCAUCGUUCGACAAUGCAAAUGGCCAUCUCUGUCAAGAAUGAUUUUUUGAGAUCCAGAAAUUUUGCUAUCUUGGUAGUGUGACGUCACAUUUCUCUCCUUUGUUGUAACUCUUUUUGAACGGUCACACUAAAAAACUUAGAUCAAUUUAGGUUUCUGGGAAACUGCCCACCUACCCCUCCCCUAAGCCAUCAUUUUGCCCGAAGUGAGAAGUAAGUGUUAAUGUUAGCUUAGGGCAGGGGUAGGUGGGCAGUUUCCGAAAAACCUAAAUUGAUCCAAGAACUUUAUGGACAAACGUUUAUGGUUGAAUCACUUUCCUGUUCGCAAACAGGAAAGUGGUAUCCUGGGUACCAGAGUUUUUUUUUCGCGUGUGACCAGGAGCUUCGCCGGCCGAAGGCCGAAGAUAAGAGAGGCGGGUCACUUAGUUUUAGACUUCAGUUUACCGAUACCGGAAACCACGCAUGAAAAGCCUCUGGCACCCAGGGUACGAAAGUGGUAGCUUACAGAAUUUCUAUAACUUUUAUCGUACUGGCAGUUUUGUCUAAGUAGCAUUACACAGGAGCAUUUUUAUCUCUUUGAACUUUAUGUCUUUUUGCUGUAGUCGGCCAUAUUCGUUUUCACGACAAAGAACUGGGACUUGUAAUCGAGGGUGAUGCAGAGUAAAAUCGUUAAAAUGUUUUUUUACCACGAAUAUUGAUGAUUGAUAAAAUUCCUAUGGCUUAAAUUUUCAGCUUGAGAAGCUUGUGAUAGGACAUGAUAACAGGGGACAAGAUCCUGCGUGGUUCCUAGAUGAAGUAGAUAUCGACAUUCCCGUGCGGGAUGAACAUUACAAAUUCAGAUGCGGUGGAUGGCUCGGAGGCGCAGAUCCUGGUCAGCGGAAGGAGACGGUCUUGUUUCCAGGUAAUGAUACAAAAAUAAUUUGAUGUUGUUUCAAUAUUGGUAGACACUAUCAAAAUCGAGCGUUGCGUGGAGACACCAACAACGGCCUCGCAGGGCAAGAGAAUGGUUGUCCGAAUCUUGAAUAUAGAACUGAAUUACUUAACGGUAGAUUUUUGCCUCCGAUCUUCCCAUAUGUGUUCUAUGUUGGCAACAGAGAGUGGUUACAUUUUUUAGGCACCAUAGUGCACAUUUGCAUGUUUCGUAAAGGCAGUCGUGUUAGUGGGCAAGAACAAGAACUUUUCUCUCCGGUGCUUUUCAUCCAAAUCCUGCGGAAAAAAAUUGUACUCUACUGACUACCAACAAGGCCGCCUUUUCACGUGUUUGCAAACAAAGAAUUGAGCGGAACCCCGUUGUAACGAAGUCCAGGGGCUCGGAAAAUAUGCUUGUUGUAGCCAAAGAAUGUUACAUCGUAGACUGCAAAAUAGUUGGAUUUAAAAAUUCUCGCUCUUUGUAAGGGGCGUGGCGCUAAGAGCUUUUGAAAAAUUCUCACGCUAAGCAUACGAUUGACACACGUGUAGUCUCACCCUACGUGUAACCCUCGCUCCACUCCCUUUGUGUGAUAAGUGAUCGCAUUCUCCACUUCAGAAACUCUAGGGAGAAUGGGUUCAAGCUUUGGGUACGAUGGGUUCGAUGGUAUCUAAGGCAACCAUUAAACAAUUAUAAGUAACGCUUGACCACACAAACUAUCCCAGAAAUCGUUGCGCCGAAAGCUUGUACCCUUUCCCCCUUACAGUUUCCAGAAUGGGAAAUUCUCGACCAUUGCAAAAUAAUGCUGUUUUGCAGCCUGGUUAUGGGGGCCCUCUUCGAUACCUUUUACCAUGCCUAGUGUGUCAGUUUACAUUGUAUUUUAUUAUUAUUAUUCUCAGUGGAUGAUAUUGAAGGCCCCGUCAAACCCGUCAUCGAGGAGCCGCAACGUAAGUCACGUAGUGUGAAUUUAUUAGAUACUCACUUUAGAAAAAUAAAACAAAAAUACCCUCAGAACUGAGGAAGGUUAACAAGCCAAAAUCUCUGGCUUUUCGGGCGUACACUUUGCAUCUAAUUCUACGCGCCCGUGAUACUGGUUUUGGUUUAGUUCCAAACCUCGUGACUAAAAGUCGAAUAUCCUUUUUGUUGCGGUUCAGAAAAGUUUAUUUUAACAAUUAACUCAGAAAAUCAUUUGUUGACCUCUGAGAAGCAGAUGAGACGUCCGUUGAGAAAAUGAAGUUUCUUCUAAUUGGCUGGAGGAAUUGAUGACCUAGGUCGUGAAAUGGCUAAUUUUAGAUCAGGCUUAUACAGUUUAGCUUCGUUCUGCGUGCUAAAUAAAAUUUCGUUGGGCAAUGCCAAAGGCGACCAUCUUUGAGAUUGUAUAAAAAGCUGAUAAAUUGGUCCUGACUUUAAGUUAUGAAAUGACAUUCCUUAUACAAUCUGUUUGUUGUGUUUCACAUGAGGUAAAAUCAAGAUAUUAUGAUCUCUUGGAAAAACAUGAGGCAGUUUUUCUUACCAGGCUAUUUUUUUGUUCUCAAUUACAGAAACUGGAGCAGCACCAGGUAAGGUCAACUGAGAAGUCAUCCCGUUGAGUUAUAAUGUUGUUUUAUUACACUGAAGUAGCCUGUGUAGCUGGCGGGAUUGUUGUGCCCAGGGUACUUUCUUGGCGGCGAAACCGUCACGCGAAGCGGGAGGCGAACCCAAUCUUCAAGCGGCUCCGACCUAGACUGUUCACAGUCCCCUAUUUUUCCUUGAGAUCGUCGAGAUCGAGCGCUUUGCGUUACGGGCGACCAUCUUGGAUGCAAUGAGUGUCAAAUCUACUGAAGGGGCGGGGCGCGGUUUGGGAGGAGCCCUCCCUCCCUCCAAAGCUAUAAGGGAGCUUUAGCAUUAACGACGGCAACGCCAGCGAAAACGUCAGUUUUAAAAUUAAUUCCCGUUUUUUCAAUCUUUGUCGCGUUUAUUCCAAUUUGCUGAAAAUGGCAAGUGUAGGCGAAUUUCCCGGGAGUUGAUUUCUUGAAGACCGCACUCAAGAUUCGUCGUCGCUUGUUUACGUCCUCCAUAAAACUUGCAAUUAGGCAUUUUCACGUCGUAGUCGUGCAUGGACGGUAAAGAAAUGUACAAAAAAGCGUGAUGUACGUGCAAAGUUGUUGUUUUGCGUAAUAAACCUAUUGCUUUUUUGACAUCCUGGUUGCCGUCGCCGUCGUCGUUACUAAGGCUCCCUAUAGUCCCCGACGCCCUUCCCCUCGGUACGUUAGAAACAAAGAUGGCCGCCACUACCGGUAAGCGCUCGAUCCUGUCGAUCUUACGAAAAAAUAGGGGACUGUGAACAGUCUAGCUCCGCCGUUACCAAAAAAAUACAGCACUCAGCCGCUAAUCCCGACAGCUUCACAGGUAAGAAUGAUCCUUGCAGUUGAAUAAGCAACCUAAGCAGUUGAAAAAGAACCUUGAAAAAAUUCAGGCUUGACCGGAACUCGAACCCUGACCUUUGCGAUGACUGGACACAAUACUCUAUCCAUUUUUGAGCUAAUCAAGCCAACUGAAGCCGGAGCAGGCCAUUGUGAGUUGGUAAUAUACCCGAUGGUGGAAAUGACUUGAAAUGAAAUAUAUGAAAUUUAUUUCAGUUUAAAAUAUGAUUUAUUUCAUAUAUUUCACUUCACUGAAGAAAUUGUUGGAAAUGUCUUCCACCAUUUGUGGGCGAUUUUUUUUAAUGGUAAUAUCCGGGCUUUAUAGAAACAGUGUUCAUCAGUCCUACCCUAUUUUUUACCAGACUCGGAGUAUGACGUAGAAUUCAAGACAGCCGCUGAAGAAAACGCGGGUACAGACGCUAACGUGUAUUUCCAAAUGAUCGGGGAGGAUGGAGAAAGCCAAGAAAUCGAACUCAAAAAUAAAGAAGGCGGCUAUUUUAAUCGAGGACAGCUGGACAGGUUCAGGAUUCGAGCGAGGGAUGUUGGCAGGGUGAGUUGGGGUAACAAGAAAUUGAGCUACAAUAGUAGUGCUACAUCCUUACGAUAGAAAGUGGCACUAUAUAUCGUGAAUCACGCUUUGUCUAGGAUCGAGACACCAAGAAACCUUGGAGCUUGCACAUCCACGUUGGGGAAAUGCUUAGUCUGUUUAUUUUUGUUUGUUUGUUUUUCGCUGUUAUUGUUGUUUGUUUGCUCUUUGUGCCUUUACGAUUAAGAGGAAACACAAGAAAGGAUGUACGAAAUGCUACCCGAGGUGCCAGAGGCUUUUCAUGCGCGAUUUCCGACACGUCUUCGGCCCGGCCGAAGACGUGUCGGAAGAUCCUCGUCGCACGCGAGAAAAAAACCUCUGGUACCCAGGGUAAUGAAAUGCCGGCUUUGGCCAGUUUGAAUGGUACUAUAUUUUUGUUUUGCACAAAUGAUCUACAUGUAAUUCAUUCUCUUCUAGCCCACCCUCACACGGUAGCUUCCACGUAUGGCAUUGAUAUGUCCCCACUUACCUGUUUUCGCAUCCUAAUAACCUUUUUUUAAUCAAAUUUCGAACAAUGACAUCAAACAGCAGGGUCAUGAUACUUACGGUAUUGUGUAACUUUCGUAUCUUUGACAUCUCCAAUUGUACUGUUUGACGCGAAGACGUCUCGCAAAAUUGCCUGAAGCUCUCAGCUAGCACAAGAAAAAGUGGAACGCCGUACCUUUCUCUUCCUUGAUUCUUUACCUUCUUUUUCAGUUGAAAAUGCUUCGUGUCGGCCACGACAAUUCUGGUUCCAGUUCUCGAUGGCUGUUGGAGGAAGUCGUGAUAUUUUCGCUGGUUCGUGGCGAGCGUUACGUGUUCAAGUGUGGUAACUGGAUAGGCGGACGACACAAUGAUAUUGAACUGCCACUCGGUAAGUUGUUUGACCUCUGAUUGGAAGUAUUUUAGCUUUUAUUUGCACUUAGACAUUUGCGGUAUUCCUGCGUUAACACUAAAUAGACACGCGUUCAAUUAAUCCUGAGUGUGACGCAGUUAAUGAAGGAGUGAAGAGCCGCGAAGAGCAAGCGGAUGAUAGGCAACCUGAACGAAAUAGGAUUUGUGGAAUUGGUACUAUUCACUCUGUCGUUUUCCUUUCACCGCAACCCUGUCGUCGCCUCCACCCCACAUCCCCCCAACCCCCCCCCCCCCCCCUCUUCUUUUCCCUUUUUCUCCCAAAAUAGGAAAAAAAAAGAAAAAAAGCGGCGUGCCCCCCGAAACAAAAAAAAAAACAACUUCCAAAAAAAAACCCCCCACAAAAAGCCCCCACGGUGGGAGGGAAAAAAUAUAUAAAACCGGGGGCUUUUUUUGUGGUAAAAAAGAAAAAAGGGAAGUUUUUUAUCACAUUCAAAAUACAGGGUUUGUGACAUUUGUUUCAUUACCACUUUCCUUUUUCCUUGCACCAACACUCGUGCCCGCCACCCCCCCCACACCCCACUACCCCCCCCCCCCCUCCUUCUGCUUACCGUAUUUACUCGAAUAAUGGAAGAAAAAGUUAAUAAGCGCUGCGGCCCCGAUGCAAUCAAAGGCAACGAACUUUCACAUAAAAGCCGCCCUCUAAUGAGCACUGCAGUUGGUGUGUAAAAAUUUAUAAGCGCUGCGGCUUUUAUUCGAGUAAAUACGAUAAUCGUGCAUGUUUUAAUCCACUUAGAAAAUAGAAAACAGUUUUCAAAUGAUAGGACUUGUUAAUCCAGUUCAGGCAUGUAGUGAACUGCCGACGCAAAGACUUGUAGAUUUUGACUGUAUUUUACUACUUUCUUGUUUUAGAUUCUUGGAACUAUGGUCAGCUGGGUUAGUAAACACUUUUUCAGUUAUUUAUUUUUAUUGAUUAUAUAUUUUUCCCUUUGUAUUUUCUUUGUUUCCUUUUUAUACUAAUUACUAAAAAGAUUUUAUUUUUCAUCCCUCUAGUUGGACAGGAGCCGGAUAUUCCUGAUUUAAUUGAUUACAUGCAGUCGGGAGAUGAGACAAGAAUUAUCAACGCAGCCGGCUAUCUACAGCACUUGUGUUACAGUAAAGAAAAUGUCAAGGAUAAAGUCAGGUACCUAGGUGGUUUAUUUGUACAUUAUUAUAUACUUCCCAUGCUGGGAAAAGCGGAAGAAAAGAAAGAAGGUACUAGUGUAAAGAAUAAAGGUACAAAAGAGUUGGUUGGUUCAAAUUCGCUUGAUGUUUGUAGGUCCAGCCACCUAUCAUCACUCCAAGCCUAGAGGCGCCCACCUCUUAGGGUGGGUCUCCACUGUCGCGUAAUUUUUACGUCCGUAAAUAAAAUAGAGACGAUCUUUGAAGGGCCGCGCGAAAGCGUAAAAUUUGAGCGGGAUUCAACUUUUUCGUUUUUACGCGCGACUUUCUAUUCAUUAGAGAGAUUUAGAGUCACGUUCAUGGCAAAUGGCAACCGUCAGAUUCAAGCACUUGAGAAUUCCUCAAAAUAGAUUUAAAAAAAAAAAACAGUCCAAGGCAUUGGUUAUGGCCAAAACUAACGUGAAGCAACUAAUUGUGGGGUAGAAGUAAUGAACAGUAUAAAAAAAGGAAAAGGAAAACGUUAUCACGUGGUAUAAUUUCAGACUCGUCCCCAGUCGUCUCUCACAACUUCGCUCUAGUGGCGCGCGUACCUCACCGGCGUUCAAGCAGCACUGCCGCGCCUCCGUUGCUAACACGCUCUUUCUUUGAUUUCAUUAUUAUUCAACAGAGAGCUUGGUGGCAUCCCGGUGAUUGUAAGGCUUUUGAGGCAUUCACAGUGGCGUAUAAGAUAUGCAGCUCUCUGCCUGCUGAGAAAUCUCUCCUUCAGUGUUAAACACGACGCUAACCGGGUAAGAAGCUUCGAAUAAACGCUUAUUCCCCAGAGUAUUUGUUUGAAAAUAUCCAUAAUUUUUUCAUUUUUUUUUUUUAAUAUAUUUUUUUCCUUGUUAUUUAUUCAUUAAUUCAUUUAUGUUACAAAGUGUAAUCCUAUGUCAGCACCAUUAUCAGAACAUCGGCAUUUUGAGGAAAGUAUAACUGAACUUUAGUAGCAAAUCUGACGUAGCAACGUGUCUCGCAGAAACUUUGUUUGUUUCACGUCACAAUAUUUCCUGCUAUUCACAAACAAGUAGCGAAACCCUUUAAGGUUUACAAGCACCGUCUCUGUGACUAGCUCCUAACUUUUCAAGGGUAAAGAAAUUGACACCAUUUAAAUGUGUUUCUGUCAUUUUGUCAUGAGAACCGAAAUGUUUGGAUUUCAUUGUUUGAAAAUUGUGAUUUAAUUCUUUUCAACUUACUAUCUAGACCAUUAGAAAAAUUCUGUUUUCCACUGAUAAUUGUUGAUGUUUCAUUUUAUGAAUUUUAUGAAUUAAUUAAUUAAUUUAUUUAUUUAUACUGUAGCUGGCUAUUGCUGACUGUGGUGGCAUAGAACUGUUGAUUGAAAUUUUACAACAAACAGAGAAGACUGAGGUACGGCGGAGUAAUUUCGGCUGUUUUCAUUUUGCGGACCGGUUAAGCAAUUCGUCUCCCUAAUUUCUAUGUAUGCUUUUCACUUUCAGUACCGAGAAGCUAUUUUAGGUGUACUGUGCAAUUUAUCCGCGGUUGAGGUAAGAAACGUUUUUCACAGAGAUUUAUUUCGUACUUUGUUUUAAACCACGCCUUUUGAAGGGGAUUCUAAGGGAUUGAAACACGUCUCUGUUCUGCAAAACGUUCCUACUUUACAAACGGUUUAUUUACGUCUCUUUUUCCCUUUUUUGUCUAGUCUCUUCGUCUUCGUAUCCUCCUCGCCUGCCUACACAUUAUCGUCAUCAUAAUCAUCAUCCCUUACUCCGAGUGGACAGCGGCAGCGGCUCGAGGACAGCUACCAAACAGAACUCAACCCUGGCCAGCAGUACUCGUCCAUGCUACUAGACUCGUGCGCAAUUUGUCUUCAGCUGGUACCAGGGCACGGCAGGAGCUCAGGGACGAGAAGGACUUGGUCGACUGUCUUGUAUGGAUUAUUAGGAUUGGCGUUAAGAGUCAACAUUUUGAUGAAAAAGUAAGUGUUUUUUUUUUCUUUUUCAGAAGUUACACAAGACUAAGUUGCGUUCCACAGUACUUGAAAGAACUGUCUCGGAAUUUAGCGAAAUUCUUCCACUAGCAACUGGACACCAAACUGAGUAAAAUAAAAAACAACUGCUCAAAACAAUGAAGGGACAUGUAAAUUACACAGCAAAUUCAAAAGAAAAGACGGACUUAACUGAAUGAGAUUAAACGGAUUACAAUUAAGUUUUUUGAAAAAUGUUCAGCCUGUCAGUUUUCAAAGUAUAUAACUCUGUAUGUGUUCUUUGUAACGUAGAACAAUACCGCUGAAAAGUGGACAUGUUUGUUUGCGUAAGCUGUGAUUUCGUCAUUUGAAGAAAUUUCUACACUUAGGUUAAAUUUUUAGCAAGAAAAAUUAUUGGUAAAAGUAAACAAAUGGACUUAACUACCUUGAUAAGUCGCUUUAAACUUCGUCGUCCAGUGCUUCCUAGGGUAAACGGGUGAAGUUAGCGGGAAUGAGUGCAAGUCGCUUCAAAAGUCCCCUGCAAGGUAUUAUCAGUUAAUGAUUCGUAUAGUGUGGAAUUGUGAAAAAAAAAAUCACUGGGCUGAACAAAGAAUGUACAUUUAUGCUAGAAAUUCCUCGCAGUCAUUAACUAAAAAAUUUCAUUUUGUUUGCUGGUUAAAUAAAAUGUAUUUUUCUCUUCGUUUCCAUAAAAAAAACGAAAACUAUGGCAAAUUCUCACUCAAUCUUUCAAUCCGCAGUGUCUAGAACAUUCUGUUUGCACCCUGAGAAACUUGUCCUACCGGCUUGAAAGCGAGAUUGACAGGGAUCGUUAUGAUGAUGCUGACGUCAACGUGGACCCCGCUGCUGUAAGGGAGCAGCAGAAACAGGGCUGCUUCGCGGGGUGCGGGGGAAGAAAGAAGAAAAAGGUCCCUACUGAUAACAGACCCAUGGACCGUCCUAAGGGCCCACCUCAAGGAGUGGAGCUUAUAUGGCAACCACAAACAGUACAGCAGUAUUUUGUGUUGUUACGAAAAGCGAAGAAUAUCGAGACACUUGAGGGGUCAGCGGGCGCACUGCACAACCUAACGGCCUGUUCAUGGAAGGUGAGAUCACUGAUGUCUCGCUUGCUGAUAUUGCAUUCAGGAAUCUCAGAAUUGGCUCUGCAUGUUGCCUAGACUUCCCCCCAGUUCCAUUUCAUUCAGGUCUACAUAUGAGAAAGACAGUAAUAGUUCAGCGGCUCCGGCUGUUCAAACGAUGGAUAGCCGGCACCAUCUCGUGGCAAAAACAAUAUUUUACUCACUCGCUGCGCUCGUUCGUAAAAUAUUGUUUUGCCACUCGAAAACUGGAUAAGUAUUAGGGAAACUGAUUGCGUUAUCCACUGGAUAGAGAUUUAUCCGGUGGAUAACGUUAUCCAUGUUUUGAACAAUGAACUGGGGCCAGGUUAAAAUUAGUCCUUGUAGAAUGUGACUCAGGGUGCAUUUCAAACCGUUGCGUUUGUGGACGAAUUUGAGAUGUUGGUGCAUGAUUCUUCCCUAACUUUGAUCGAGUAAGAGGAUGAAUAGCUUCAAACUACUAAACCAUGCAAAAAAGUAAAUAAAAAGGGCUUGUUCCAUGAACCUGGUUCAAUGGCUUUAAAACUCUACGAGUCUCCUGUGGCUGGAUGAUAGAGCAACUAGACUAGUAACCAGAAUGUCGUAGGUUCGACUCCUGUUGGGUAAACUCAAUUUUGUUUCCCAGUGCGCUUGCGUCACUGUUUCAGCAAACAUAAUACAUGAAUUGUGCAUGUUUUCAGGCAUGUUUCCGUGAUUUUGAUAUGAUAAUAAGUUAGCCUGCGAAAACAUCCGUUUCUCCUCGCUCCUUGCCGCUUGGGACGUUUCUCGAGGAGGAACGUCUGCGACUCAGUGACAGAAAUUUCAUACUGAUAACGUAAAUCAGUGUUUACAUAAUAAAUCCGGUAGUCAUGGGGUUCCAAAUGUAAAUUUGAUGAAUUUUACGUUUCUCCUGGUCGAUUUUGGUGAAGUGUUGAGUUCAUCUACGAACGUCAAAUGCUUCUUCUAGAGAAGAAUAUAUUCCACAAAUAUUGUUUGUUUUGUUAUAGAUUCAUCGUUUACGUUUGACCUUUGUUGCCUUUUGUCUUUUAUCUGUCUUUCGUAAACAAUAGCUAAGACAAUGUAACUACUCCGUCGUCUAAUCAGCGUUUAUGAUCGGAUUCCGGACAGAUUUUACGUCAUCAGUAUGGAAUUUCUGUCGGUGAGUCGCAGACGUUCCUCCUCGAGAAACGUCCCCAUCGGCGAGGAGAGGGGAGAAACGUCUGUUUUCGCAGGCUAAUGAUAGGUUCACUGUUUAAUAUUUCUUAGUGGGCGAUCAAGAUCCGCGGAGACACGAGAAAAGCUCAAGUUAUUCCACAGCUGGUCGAGCUGCUGCGAAUUGAUUAUGAUCCAACAAUUCGUGCCGCCGCCAUUGCUCUUCGGAACUUAUGCGUGGACCCAGAAAAUAAAAAAGCUGUUGGUAAGAAGGAACUUAUGAUUGCAGGUUAUCUCAACUUUAAAAGCAACUAGUGUAUGAAAAUGGUGUGAACAAUUUUUGUAUAGAAAUCUCUGCACGUGUCCUUCCAUUACUCUUUGCGUUUUCGUAAUGGUCUUUUAAUAUUAUUUCUUGUUUUACAAAAUAUAUGAAAUACGCGAGUACGCGAGGUCAUGAUUAUGUUACCUUGCUCGUGCUAAUUCCUUCCCUGGUUGAGCUGCUGCGAAUUGAUUAUGAUCCAACAAUUCGUGCCGCCGCCAUUGCGCUUCGGAACUUAUGCGUGGACCCAGAAAAUAAAAAAUCUGUUGGUAAGAAGGAACUUAUGAUUGCCGGUUAUCUCAACUUUAAAAGCAACUAGUGUAUGAAAAUGGUGUGAACAAUUUUUGUAUAUAAAUCUCUGCACGUGUCCUUCCAUUACUCUUUUCGUUUUUCUUAUAUGCUUUUUAAAUUUAUUUUUUUUUUUAAAAAAAAAUAGAAAACCCCGAGUCCCGAGGUUUUGUAUUUUUUUCCUUUCCCCUGCUCAAUCCUUCCCCCCCCCCCCCCCCACCCCCGAAACAUACAUACAACAACCAUGUAUGUCUUUUUUAGCAUAGUAAAAAUUUACUCUCUUUUUUUGCCUUGACAUUUCCUUACAAAGUCGAUUCCGAGCGAGGUGUUAAAUAAUAACUGAUUUGUUUGUUUGUUUUUGCGUAGUUUUUCUGCGGUGAAGAAAACCAGUGCAAUACAUAAAACUGUACAUUUUUCAUUUCUCAUUAGGCGAGAAAGCUGUAGUCCAUCUUGUACAAAGACUCCCCACCGGGGAUGAGGAGAAGCCGAGACUUGUCCAGGACCCAACGGUAGCCUCGCUUCUGUGCGCCAUCUUUCAGCUGACCAAUAAGAACGACAAGAACGCCAAGUUAGUAUUAUAUAUAUUGUGUUUCUUUUGUUUGUGGGUUUUGUUUUGUUUGUGGGUAUGGUAAUAUAUGAUAACGAGUUUGAUACAGAAGAAAAUUAAAAUUAAACCAAGGAUAAAAUUGAACUACAACAUAUGCAUACUCUUUCGUAUAAGACCUAUUUUUAUUGAGGUCUAUCAUUGAUAGGAGUUUAGUUACAAAUUGUACCGUGAGAACGAAUGAGUCGCGAGAGAUACGCCGUUGAAGUAGCGAAAAGUCUAAGAUACUGGUUUAUACUUUUUAAUGCACUCAUUACGUGAUUUUGUCUUCCUGAUUUAUUCUCUCUCUCUUCUCUUCUGUUAAUAACGAUAAACCAACUUUUUAAAGUUCCAAUUUGAUCUGGAAGGCAGGAAAUCUUUUACAAUGAGUUGCCAUGGGUAAACGAAUUUCUUUUCGUUUCUUUUUUGUUAGGUAUCUCCGUAAAACCCCAGGAAUUCACAAGAUGGUGAGAAUAGCAACGGAUCAGUCUAAAACUUUCUCACCCAGGGUCAUAAAAAUAGCUUGUCAGGUAAGUCGUAGGCUUUACUUUAUCGGCAGACUAUCGUAUGUGAAUGUAUGUCUAUGAAGUAUUGUAUACAUUUUUUUAUACUUAGCCAAGUUUGUACUCUGGGUACUAGAGGUUUUUCUCGCGUGCGGCUGGAUGCUUCGGUGUCGGCCAGAGGCCGACAGAUUUUCGGGCAGAGGCCGAAGUCACGAAUGGCGGGCUUUGACAGCAACCGGAAACCGCGCAUGAAAAGUCUCUGGUACCGAGGGUACCAAGUUUGAUAUUGUUGUUACAUGUAUAUUGUUUAGCUCUCUUGGUCAUCAUGUCUUUUCUCAGCGAUAAACGCUUCAUUUUGUCCCAGGUUCUCGCCAAUCUUUGGAGCCAUAGCCAGUUACAGCAACAAAUGAAGAACGAAGGAUGGCAAUUCGACAGUACUCGGAACGCUGAACUAGCUCGAGCGCCCAUGGAUUUCGAAGCCACGUCUCUUCCUCGCACUCCCGACGAACGAAGCCUGAGAGAUCCGAGCAGAAGACGAUAUGAUAACGACUACGUGGAUGGUGAGCCAUCGGGAGCCACCGACGUCUCUUCGGAGUCCGAUCGACAUCGCAGUUGGGCGGAGAGUAUAAACCAUGCACCCCCUCCCUACCCAUCUGAUGAUAGUUAUUCCAGGGGUAGCCGAUCAAGAGAAGAAUUUCCCAUGGAUGAAGUGUUAAGCUCAUCGCGCGCGUCAGCCGCGAACUCGGAACGAGACGAGAAUGACAACGCAAAUGACAGGACCCUUAGGUUGAAGGACAGUGGGGGUGGGAGUGGGGGUGGAAAGAAUGAUGACGUAUGGGUCUGAGACUCGGCAGGGAGGGGUCGAAGAACUGAAGUACCCUCAUAGUUACUAGAAUCCGGAGACUCUUUUUUUCCCCUCAAAGCGGACAUGAUUUUUUGGGUAGGACAAACAGUUUGAUCUUGUGCAGGCUGAUAACACCCGAUCAGUUUUACCAUCUUGGCGAGUUCUAAAUGUUAGUGUUUCCAGCUCGCUUUUAAAGAUGUGUACAUCACGUGUCGGAGUUCCAAUAUGUAUUUUUCCUCUGUACCGCAACAUGAUCAAUUACAGAUCGCAACUUUCAGACUUUUAUUCUUACUGGUAAGAACAUUUAUAACGACUACUCGUUGGUCCAAUUUGCGUCGCCAUACUGACGAAAUAACUUUUUGUACUUGUCUCCCGCGACCUUUUGUGAAUGUAGAAUCAGAGACUUAGUGGCGUAAUAGGAAAUAGGUUUUGAUAAGUUUCGUAGAAUAAUUUGUACAAUUUUAUUAUCGUGGGGAAUUCCUCUGUAAGGAAAGAAAACGAAUCACCAUUCGUUUGUUUAACGAUGUAACACAGUUGGUAAAUAAUGUACGUACUUCAUAUUUAUCAAACGAGGGUAACGAGAAAAAGUCACGCUACAACUGAAUCGACGAAUUUUAAUAAAUUUGAGGUAACGUGCUGAAACAAGCGUGUAUGCAGUGAAAAGAAUUCCUUCACUUGGAGGAAGAAUUUUUCCCUUAGCGAGCAUUGUCGAUUUUGUCUUCAAAACUUACGGUAGAUAUGAUAAUUUAUAUUUAUGUAAUUUUCGAAACCACGCCUCUUUGAACAUUUUCAGUGCAACAUAAUAAAUAAUAAAUUCAAGGCUUUGUGAUUAGCUUAAAGUGCCGUUUUCUCUCGAACUGCUUGCCUUUAUGGUUCACUUGCAACUUCAUUUGAAGCAUUGCCUGAGCUAAAGCAAUAUUUAUUCAGUUUACGUUGUUUGGUUUGGUUUGCGUUGUUUGGUAAAAAUGGCACUUUGUUUAGACGAUAGGAAACGACAUGUAAAACAGGUAAUAGUAUAGUAUAUUUUGUAUUGCGUGUCAAAAUUCCAAUAGUUAGUAAACAUGUACAUGGAAUUUGUGCGAAUUUAGGCUCGG